GUCAGAUACUGUGGGUGUGGUGUCACUCUAGAAAUAGUUGAAUUUCCAGUUCUUUUUGUUGUCUAAAGGGGUUUGUAAGAGGCAGGGAAACAGACCUGUACAGGUGACAGGAAGACUGCAUGAUUCUGGUGAGUCCCUCUAAUAUUUGAAAGUCCCUGUUGGGGUCUUGAGUCCUUGUUGUUUUGUAUCCAUGUUUUGGGUCUUUGGACAGUGUGUAUACUGUUUGUAUUUGUGUCUUGUCCAGAAUGUGUUUGUGUAUAGCUACAAUGUGUAUACUGUUUGUAUUUGUGUCUAGGUACCAUGAGUAUGAGAUUAUACAGUAUUUUUAUAUAUUUGUAACUAUAGUCUAUCAGUGACCCCAUGGUGCUGGCCAUGGGCCAGAGCUGGGUUUUCGGUUAUAAUAGCUGAUAUCAGUGAGCAUGAUAUUCUGUCUAAUCCAUACUCUGGGACAAUACUUGGAUAUCUGAGCAGGAGACUAUUGUGUAUUCUUACUGAAACUUCAGGUAAUAUUUACAAAAAAACAAACAAUGAAUUGGUCUUUACUGGAUCAGAAUACAGAGUUCUAAGAGACAUGAAGAGAUCCAAUCUAUGUCAAACGAACAUGUCUUCUAAUAUCUGGGGUGGGACAGCCUAUCUCUGGGAGAGAACUUGCAAUGUUUGAUUAAUCCAUUGAAUCCCAUGUUAUGAUAAUAGAUUAUCUGCAGUACCUGGAAGUCAGGUUAGACAGUUCAUCCAUUGAGUUCCUGAUCUGAAAUCCAGCACAUUCAAUUUUAUAGUGAUCAAAGUUUAUUCGCUGGUGAAUUUAGAAUUUUAGCCCAAUGUAGCAAAACUGGAAUAAAUUGACCCCAAGUCAGCAAUUUCAGAUUGUCUGCUUUGGCCUGAAAUGUAAAUUGUACUUUCAGUUCACUUUUAAUCCCAGACAAUACACACUUUAGUAAUUAACCCGAAAUCAGACUUAGCCAAUUUCCAAAUUCUCUUCUAUUUAAUUAUUAGUAUUUAUAUAAUUCUCACCUCUUUACAACAAUACAUUGGGGAUGUAAAACAACAAGUAUUGACAUACAACGUAGUGUUGACAGACAAGAGGUGAAGAGGGAUCACGAUAUAGUCCUGUCGAUCACACUAUGGAAUAUGCUAGUCCUUAAUAAAUGAUAUUGAGUCUUCCAUUAUAUGUGUAUUUAUACUCAGGGCUGUACGACACUAUUUGGAAAGGGUACAAGAACUGUGAUAGCAAUCACCUCAAUUUUAUUGAUUCCAUCAUCUAUGUGUGUUGUUACAAGAUACAAUGUCAGGUCCCAGCAACCUCUGUCUCUGUUAGAUCAUCGAUUAAGGAGGGCUGGAAGGAGGUCUGGGUCAUCAAAUUUCUUAUGAUCCCCUCAGAUAGACCCCCAUGGCUGCAAGCCCAGAGGACCUCAGGGAGAUGAAAUAGUAGUAUUAUAAUUGAAGAGGUAUCCCAAAAUAUUCCCAUACACCUCCCCCAUAACUCCUUGUUCUUCAAGUGUGCAUGUACAGGAGUACAGGAUUUGUUACUGUAUUGCAUUUGACAUAAUUAUUUUUAAGCUUAAAAAAAUAAAUAAUUUUUUUAUUUUUUUUUAAAUUAACUCACGCUCUUAUGCAUGUAAUCCAGAGAGUCUGGUUUCUGUCUGUGUGUAUAUAGGGGUGUUAAAAGUAAAUGUGUGCAUAGUGUUAAUACAUGAAUGGAAUAUAUCUAAGGUAUAUAUGUGUUCAGGGUGUGUACUCCAUGCAGAGCGCAUACUUUAUCGGAGUACACUGAAUAUGGAUUUGUGUGUUUGUAACUCUGGGUGAAUUUGUAUUGUGUAAACAAAAAAAUUUGUUCUGAAUACGUAAUAAAAUAUUUUUAUUUUAUUUAUGUAUUAUUUUAUAUUUGAUUUAUGUAUUAAUUUCUGUUAUAACAACUAUAUUGUGGUUGUUAAAACACAGAUUUAUUUAUAGAUCUGUGAGACAAAGACUGUUGAUCACAGAAUACGAUAAUGGAAUUCCUACGCCUAUAGCAGAUGCCAUUGUUAUUUGUGUUUGUGAAUAGCAACUUCUGAUAAGUUCUCUACAAGCUCCAUCCUCCAUGUUACACGUGGACUUUCUACCCUUUCAGUCUUGAAUUAGAAAUAGUAUUUUCCUAAAUCUCCUCCUGAGCCUCUUACUUCAAGGUCUAAGCCAAGGUUCCCCAAACUCCGGCCCUCCAGAUGUUGCUGGACUACAACUCCCAUGAUUCUAUGAAUAAAAUAGAUAGGCUGAGAAUCAUGGGAGUUGUAGUCCAGCAACAUCUGGAGGGCUGGAGUUUGGGGAAGCCUGGUCUAAGCACCUGAUGACCUGAGGACCGAGCCACAUAGAGAAUACACACUAAUUAAAUGUUAAAUAAUAUUUCUUAUUGAAAGCUUAGUUCUUGCAAUAAACAGAUAUGUGCUAAUUCCUGAGUUCCCCAUUAAAGGGAAACUAUGAUUUUUGAUUAUUCCACCCCCCAAAAAACCCCAUUCAUUUUCACUGCAAAAUAUCGUUAAUAGCUAAAAAUGCGAUGCCUAAAGCGCAGUGCCAAGAUUAAUAAUCCUUAGCAAAAUCGUUUCUCCAAAAAUGGGAGAUAUGGACUCAGAAUGAGUUCAACAAUGGAUGCCCCAUUCUCCUCCUGCCAUCCUUAUAUUUCUGCAUUGAAUAAGGAGGAGGAGAGACAGACAGGCUCUGGCACUUGUCCAUCACAGGAGAAGCAUGGUUCUGCAAACUUCAGAGUGCCAAGGGGAAGGGAUACACCAGAGCCAGCAGGAAGAUAUAUGCUAAUGGAAAGUGCCUUCUCUGCUGCCUAGGAUACUUAUCUUGUGUGCAAAAAUACAUGACUUAGACUGUGAGCAUGCAUUAACUAUCUUAUGGACAUUAUUUACCAAAUCGUGCACAAUGUGGCCAGGAUUUUACAUUUUUUUUUUUAAAUUUCACAUGCCACCUCCGGGGUCCAAGGAUUAUAUCCUCCUCCACGGAAAUAUUUGUUAAAAGUUGUAGGGAAUUUUCUAUGCUGACUGACAGAUGCAAAGACUGUUAUUUUCUAAGUGAUAUAAAAGGAGAUGUUAGCCAUGACAGACAGGGAGCCAUGACGGACAGGGAGCCAUGACGGACAGGGAGCUAUGAUGGAGCCAUGACGGACAGGGAGCCAUGACGGACAGGGAGCCAUGACGGACAGGGAACUAUGAUUGAGCCAUGACGGACAGGGAGCCAUGAUGGACAGGGAGCUAUGAUGGAGCCAUGAUGGACAGAGAGCCAUGAUGGACAGGGAGCCAUGACGGACAGGGAGCCAUGACGGACAGGGAACUAUGAUUGAGCCAUGACGGACAGGGAGCCAUGACGGACAGAGAGCUAUGAUUGAGCCAUGAUGGACAGAGAGCCAUGACGGACAGGGAGCCAUGACGGACAGGGAACUAUGAUUGAGCCAUGACGGGCAGGGAGCCAUGACGGACAGAGAGCUAUGAUUGAGCCAUGAUGGACAGAGAGCCAUGACGGACAGGGAGCCGUGACGGACAGGGAGCCGUGACGGACAGGGAGCCGUGACGGACAGGGAGCCGUGACGGACAGGGAGCCGUGACGGAGUUCCAAGAUAGUGAUAAAUACUGUCCUGUCGAUUUCUGCAUUUCAGUUUAUUACAAAACACAUAUUAGCUAAACAUCGGGAUUUGUAAACGUGAAUUUCCAUAUCUUUACUCUGUAUUUUUGCAAACAUUUUCUGUGAGAACCAAGGGAACUGAAAUGACAUGACUUUUUAAGCAGAACUGAAAUAGAGAAAAUAAAGCCGACAUUCUUACAAGAGGGGAGUAUUCAAGUAAUUGUUUUAUUGGUUCCAUUAGCCAGUUAACUAAAUAAAAAGAAAUCACCAAAAACAUUGUAUGAGACACCUUUAUUGGCUGACAAAAGAUCAUUUCUAAGAUUUCAGGACACUUCAAGUCCGUCAUCAGGCCUGUUUGUUCGGUAAAACUGAGACGUAUUUGUAUGUAGCAUCCAUGAAAAGGAAAAAAAAUGCACAAGUGAUAUUAGGAUGAAACAUUUUUUUGUGAUGAACAUUAAACGGCACAGUUUCACCCUCAUAUUGUUUGUGUUUUUGUGUGUUUUUCAUUUUCCUGUAAACCAUGUACACAAAUAUCUGGGCUUCACCCAACAAACUUGCCAGAUAAAAGGGAUUUCAUAUUGUUUCCAUAAAGGUGAACGGCCAGGCCAAACAGGGCAUUAAAAUGCAGCACGACCCGUCAAACAGCUUCAGUUAAUGUCCAGCGUUCUAACAAGAUCCGUAAAUACACAGAAUUCUUGUUGGACUCGACUUCUGAUGGUUUUAUACUGCCAUUAUGGAAUAACCUCAGGGACACAGUCAUAUCUUCAUUCAAUCUAAAAUCUUUUAAGAGAUCUAUGGCCAUAUACCUCAGCCCAGAAUGCAUCUGUCAUGGUAAACUAUAUUUAUCACCGGUUCUGUGUUAAAUUUAUAUAAGUGUGUACAAGUAGAGAUUGUAGCCAUAUUAGUCCAGUGAUGUCGUUGUAAAAAACAGAUACAAUUUGUAUCUUGUAAUAUCUUUUUAAUUGGACUAACAGAAUUUUGUAAUAACAAGCUUUUGGGAGAACUUCCCUUUCUCAAGUCUGAAGCAUUUCUGAGCAAAGACGACAUAGAAUUCAAGAUUUUCCUAGUCUUGACGUCUGAAAAUAUAGAUUUUAUUAAAGACAGGAGGCGAGUAUUAUGCAUUAACUUUCUUUACUUAACUCCAGCAGCAAAGACAUUUUUUCAAUAAAGUUUAGUGAAUAAAAAAGGUAAAACAACAGAGUAACUGAAAUGGAACGUUGGUAGCCAAUCAGCAUCCAGUAUAGUCCAUAGAGUGAAUGAUCCCCAAUAUUCUCCCUCUUUUGAGCUGCGAAUGUAGAAGAAGUGUCUAAUAGAGUAGCUCCAAGGAUAGAAUGAUGAAACUCCAAACAGGAUUAAGCUGAAAUAUAAAUAACAGGGUGGGUUAAUGGGAGGGAUAAUACUCGCCUCCUGUCUUUAAUAAAAUCUAUAUUUUCUGACGUUAAGACUAGGAAAAUCUUGAAUUUUAUAACAAGACAGGAGGCUCGUAUUAUGCAUGUUCAAAGCUAUGUAGUCAUAAUAUAACAUACAUCGGAAGUUAUUACAAUAUUAUUUUGAAACAUGCAGGCUAGGUCUAAAAUAAAACUGUUUAAAUGUAGAUUCUGAAGACCAAUCUGCCGUUUUUAACAGAUCUGAUAAAGAGCCUCCUGUUUGAAACACUUUAGUAGUCAUAGUAGUGAGCUCCAAACAUUGAAAUAUUAAUACCUGCCAUAGACAUCUAGCUAAAGAUGUAGAGGAGACAGGUAGAAAAGGUUUACGAAAGGAGAUUUGCAAUUGUGAGAAAUUAGAAUUUCGAAUCAAAGAGGUUUUAAACUCUUAUGUUUGAAGACAACUAACAACACCUAGAAGAGGAUGGUCAGAAAAUGAAGGAUAGAAUACAGUACGGAGAUUAGUUUUGGUACGUCUCACAAUAGGAAAAUUAACACCAUCAGGAGUAUAUUGUCUAUUAUUUAAGUCUAAAGCCUUAAUGUCAGAAACUCUUUUGAAAGAGAUGAGACACAGUAAAGUGGUAAGCUUAAGCGAAAGCAAUUUUAAGGAUAAUGAAUCAUUGGCCCCCCAUGAUUCUAUCAACUGGAGUAAAAUUCAAUAGAAUCGUGAUUCGCUGAGAUAGCGGAUCUAUAGACAUUAAUGGUGCGAUAAGCUUUCCCUGAAUCAAAAGAGGCUGACCAAAAAUUUAGAAUGUUUGCUAAAUCUGAAUGUAUGGGAUCCACUGCCCGUUCCAUGCACCAAUUAAGCCAAAUUUUCCAGGCUGAUCUGUAAUUUGCACGGGUUCCCGGUGCCCAUGCUUCUGAGAGAAUGUUUCUAGUAGUGUUUGAAAAUUCACUAUGAGAUUCGAAUGGCCCGAAAUGAGGGAUGCAAUCAGGGGUAAUUGGCCCAACAGUACUACAGGAUGCAAAGAUGUCGUAUUGAAAUGGACCCCACAGGGCAAGUAUUUGUUGGAAGAUGUUGGGAUCCAACAUCCAGUUGCUGUAAUCCACUAGGAAGCGGGAAUUCCAAUCUGCUACAGUAUUGGAAAGGCCGGGAAGGUAUUCUGCUCGUAACGUUAUGUUUCGAUCGAGGCAAAAAUGCCAUAAUUCUUUGGCAAUGUCGGCCAGUUGCUUGGAUUUUGUACCUCCUAAGCGAUUUAUAUAUUGGACUGCUGAUAUGUUGUCCAUCUUGAGAAGGAUACAACAAUGGGAUUUGUGUUUCGCAAAACUGCGUAGAGCGAAAAACCCUGCCAUGAGUUCCAGGCAGUUUAUAUGCAUAUUCGUCUCUUCUAGAGACCAUUUGCCUCCUGUGGAAUUGCCUCCACAAUGAGCUCCCCAGCCUAAAUGACUUGCGUCGGAUUCUAUAGUUAGGUCUGGGAAUGACGUGAAAAUGGCUUUCCCGUUCCAAAUUUGAACGUGAUCUAACCACCAGGAAAGUUCUAUUCUUGUCUCUGAAGUUAGAGAAAUCUCGUCUGAAUAAAGGAGACCAUUGUUUAGAUGUUCUCUUUUCAAUCUUUGAAGAGCCCGAUAGUGAAGGGGGGCUGGAAAUAUAGCCUGGAUCGAGGCUGAUAAAAGUCUUACAAUCCUUGCUAACGACCUGAUGGAAAUUAAUUCCUUCUUUAGAACUGACCUGAUCUCUUUUCGAAUUGUUUUCAACUUCCGUGAUGGAAGGCUGAGAGUGGCUAAAUUGGAAUUUACUAGAAAUCCUAAAAAUUCUAUCUCCUGAGAGGGAGUUAAAAUCGAUUUUUCGUAAUUUAUUUCAAAGCCAAGGCUUGUUAACAGAUUCAAUGUCCAUUGAGAAUGUGGUUGAAGAGUUUGCACACUCUGUGACAUAAUCAAUAUGUCGUCUAGAUAUAUUAUCAUUCUUAUUCCCUGCUUCGAAGUAGGGAUAUUACUGGUUUCAGUAAUUUGGUGAAACACCAAGGCGCAGAGGAUAAACCAAAUGGCAAUGAUUUGAAUUGCCAUUUCUUCCCUUGCCAUAGGAAUUGUAAAUAUUUCUGACAUGAAUGGUGGAUAGGUACCGUAAGGUAUGCAUCCUUCAAAUCUAUUUUGAUCAACCAGUCGUUGAACAUCAAUAGGUCUUUGAGGUAAUAAAUUCCCUCCAUUUUGAAAUGGUGGUAUCUGACAAAAUUGUUUAAGUAUUUCAAGUUUAUGACUGGUCUGUGACCAGAAUCUUUCUUUUUCACCAAGAAUAAAUUGCUUAUGAAGCCUGGGCUGUUCAUGGGCACCUGUAUGAUGGCAUUUUUUGAAUAUAAAUGUAAUAUUUCUUGAUGCACCAGGGCCUGGUCUUGGGCCGAAAAUUUUAUCGGGAAAGGCAUGUUUCUUUGGACGGGGAAUGAUAUAAAAUCUAUUUUGUAACCUAGAACCGUGUCUAGUAUCCAAGAGUCGUUUGUAACCUGACUCCAGACAUGGAAAAAACAAGUGAGUCUGCCCCCUAACCUUACUGGGAAAGAAUGGGGAGUUGUCAUACUCACCGGAUGAAGAUCUGAAGCGAGACAUCCCUCGAUGGCCUCUCGAUCUCCAAGGUCUGCCACGUAGUGGAAAGAAAGGAGUUGAUUGUUGGGUGUCAUAUGAGGAUCUGGAGGGUUGAAAAGUGUUCAUUGGAACCUGUCUAUGCUGAAAGGAACGGCUGGAAGAAUGGUUCCUUCCUCCUCCAGCCCUUCCGAAAACCUUAGGGUUGAAAGCUUUCUUCAGGGAUAACUGAGCCUUAUUAAGGGAACUAAAUAGAUUGACAUAUUUAUUAAUGUCUUUAAUAAAGGAUUCUCCGAAUAGGAGACCUUCCACAGCUGGACCAGGUUCGGAAGUAGCUAGAUUUGACAGUUGAGGGUCAAUUUUCAUUAAAAUAGACCUGCGGCGUUCACUGGUCAGCACUGCAUUAGCAUUCCCCAAAAGACAUAUAAUGCGUUGGGUCCAGCCUCUCAAAGUAUCAAUGCUGGGAGGAUUCCCAGAAGCUGCCGCCUAUUCCAAAGUUUCAAACAUUUUAGUCACAGGACCAGAAAUGUCCAUUAAUUUAUCUUGACAAGAUUUCAGUGACCUGUCAAGGCCUUUAUUAGGGUUCUUCCCUGAUUUUGAUAAAAAUUGUACAAUAGUAGGAUCUAGAUCAGAGGUCUGUGCGACUUUCUUUGAUAAGGUCCGUCUCGGGCAUUCAGCCCUUAGUUUAUUUCUAGUCGCUUGGUCAAGUGGUUUCCUUAACCAGUGUUCAAGAUAUUUGGCUACAUGAGCCAUAGGGACCCAUUCGGCUGACCUGGGGUGUUUAAUAUGGUCUGGGUCAAAUAAUGGUUUACCAUUAAAAUCCAAAAUAAUGUUUUCAUUGUCAGAUUUAGAAAUAAGCUCAGGUGUCUCUGAGAUAUAUGAACAAAUUGAGGCAGAAUCAGAGUCAGAUUUUUCAUCCUCUGAGAUUGAAGAUGAUUCACUAUCUGAGGAGGUUUUAUAGGAAUCAGGUUUGUUCCUGUGAAUGGCCUUCCGAGCCCGUUUAACUUCCUCACGAGCAGAGGGUCUUUUGAGUGAUUGAUUACACUCUUCAGUUUUGCGUGAAGCACGCAUUGUAUUCUUGUCUUGGUCCUUCCCUCUCUUAACUUGCUUAGAGCCGUUAGGGGAUUCUGCAGGACAUUCAAAGCAAUGUUUGCGUUUCUGGGUGGCCUUCCCAGACCUCCUAAAACCUUGAGCUAGGUUUUGUUCAGACUCCACAGAUGACCAGAAUUGGUCUGAAGGAGUAUUAAUUAAAUGAGUCUUCUCACUGGGUUUUGAGUUAUUUAUGGCUUGAGCCACAGACUUUGCAAUUGCCUCUUGCAUUGAGGACAUUGCAGUAUAAAUAGCAGAGGAAACUGACUUUUGAACGGAUAAAUCCACAAUAUUAUGUAAAGAAUCCUCAGUGAGGAUUUCACAGUCAUGAGAAACACCAGGUUUUGGUGAUUCAAUCUGUCUGAUCUCCUUAGAGUUCAUAAUUUCAAAAUUGCAACAAAUAGUAAUUGUAUCUACUAUUCGUAGAAUAGUUAAAUAGUAAGUAAAUGUUGCCAGUUAUGAUGGGAAAUACUGACAGGAAUUCAAAUAGUUCAAAUUAUAAUAAUUACCAUUAGAGAGUAACAAGUUGUGAGGAAAGCGCUGUACUGAGGUAAAGUGGGCGGGAAAGUUACCGCCCAUAAACAUCAUCAAUGUAUAAGGGACUAACUGACAGAAAACGCGCGUGCAACGGUUCGUGUAGAAACUGCCGAAAUGACUGAACAGUUUAAAGACAAAAAACUAUAAGAAACAUAGAAUUACUUCAGAAAAGCAUAUAUUCCAGUGAAUAAAUACAUAUGUCAAACAUAUAAUCAAACUAGAAGGUAUGUUUAGAAAGCAGUAGCAUAAGUGAAUAUACGAGAUACGUAUCUCUACUGGAGCAGCAAAGAAAGAGGGAGAAUAUUGGGGAUCAUUCACUAUAUGGACUAUACUGGAUGCUGAUUGGCUACCAACGUUCCAUUUCAGUUACUCUGUUGUUUUACCUUUUUUAUUCACUAAACUUUAUUGAAAAAAUGUCUUUGCUGCUGGAGUUAAGUAAAGAAAGUUAAUGCAUAAUAUGAGCCUCCUGUCUUGCUAUAAAAUUCAAAGUUGAUUUGUGAUACAGAGGUUAAAGCGACCUGAGUGCAGAUAAGGCACAGGUUUGAUAGAACGUAGACAGCAUUCUUGCAGAGGGUCGUAAAUAUCUUAUGUGAAGCUCACAGAGUGAGGGGGGAGAGAGAGAAAAAACCCCACAAGUGAAUAGUGCAGAAGAUGGUGCUAGAAGGGGGGAGUAUUCAGGGCCGCCUUUAACGGGGGGGGGGGGGCAAAAAGGGGGGGCUGCCCAGGGACCAGUUACUCCUGGGGGCCCAAGGCACCUUUCCCGUGGGCCCCCUGCCCUCAACUACUUAUUCCCCACCAAUAACACAUAUAUUGUUUGUGUAUUGUAUUUUUGUAAUGUUGUAUCCCAUUGUAACAAUGCAAUGUUUGUGGACCCAGGACAUACUUGAAAACGAGAGAAAUCUCAAUGUAUCCAUCCUGGUAAAAUAUUUUAUAAAUAAAUAAAUAUCCUUAUGUCACAAGCAGUGGUUCAAAGGUAACCUGUUUGGCCCUGUGCAGUCAAAUUUAUUCUCCCCAUCCCAUUGCUAAUUCUACUUUUACAAUUGUGAUGUUGGGGUGCUGGUAAUCCGGGGUGUCUUAAAAUGGUACUGAGGGGGUCCAGCCCUGAAUGUGAGGCCGUAUAGCCCCAAAUCUGUUGUGCUUCUCCUUGCCUGCGUCCGGUCUCCUCUGUGACUUUAGAAAUCACCCAGGAGCGGAGGCAGGUCAAUGACAGAGACACAGGGAUUCUAACAGAGAGUCCUAUUAAAGAGUCACAUUAGAGAAUAGUCAUAUUAGAGAGUGACAUUCGAGAGUCAUAUUCCCUGUGUGUCUGCUGCUUCCGUCUCUAGCUGAGCCUCACUGAGCAGCUGUACGCAGAGAGAAAAAGGCCACCUGUCAGCAGAGAGGACCAGGGAAACCGAUGCCGAGGGCUAGACGCAUGCUGCCUGUUCUCCUACAUGAAGCUUGUGGUCGAUAGCCCUGAAACAGUGGCUGGCCACCUGCCUUCUCCUCAACCAUCCAUCAUUGGAUCAUAAGGCCUAAAUGGGCACCCGUGGGCGGAUACUACAGAUCCUGAUACUUAUUGUAUAUUUAUGUUUGUCUUUAUGCCACUAGCAUUACACUAAUAACAGGUGGAGAUUACACUGUGACAGCUUUAUAACUAGUAUUUUAUGGUGUUCACACUUUGGUGUGCUAACCUUGCUGGUUUGGGAGCCUUUUAUCUAAGAUGUUGGAGAAACACUUUAUUUAUACAGCCUCCUGCACACUGUAUACUUUUAGGAAGCACCAGCACACUUUUUGUUGUUCUUUGUAAUGUGUGUGUGUGUGUGUAUCUUUGUGUCUGUGAGUAACUCUGCGUGUGCUAAGAGGCGUAUUCAGAGAUGGAGUUAGAGAGGGACAUGGGCAGAGUUUGAGGAGCAGUCAGGUGUGUAGCAUUAGGAAAUUGUGUUUUUGACCCUGGCAACUUCCCUGUUGGUAAUGCAUACAAUUCCUUUCUCUCCCUACUUGUUCUGUUUGUCAGUAAUGGAUAAAGACACAAUUGUGCAGGGAAUUCUGAAUGGAGAGUUGGGCAGGCUAAUGGAGGCAGGCAAAGGAGAAGUCAUAAAAGGGACAAAACUGCCCUAAAAUGAUGGAAUGGACAGUUGCAGUUCCAGGCCCCAUUCAUGGUUCUUAUUCUUACAUGGACUCAAUACCUGGAGAUCUUUGUCACAUUGCCUGACAAGUAAAAAAUUCUAGGCAUACCAGAAAGAAAAUCUGUAAGGUGGGAUGGGAGCCCAAAUCAGGACUGUGGGGAGGUAGGACUGUGAUAUGGGUUUACUUCAGGGAGAUCAUGCCAAACUAAUCUUAUUGAUUUUUUUGAUUGUGUAACUAAAAUUAUAGAUCAGGGUGGUGCAGUAGACAUUGCUUACCUAGAUUUCAGUAAGGCUUUUGACACUGUUGCACAUAGAAGGCUUAUCAAUAAACUGCAAUCUUUUAAGUUUGGAUUCCAAUAUUGUUGAAUGGGUAAGGCAGUGGCUGAGUGACAGGCAACAGAGGGUUGUAGUUAAUGGAAUAUAUUCUAAGCUUGGACUUGUCACCAGUGGGGUACCUCAGGGAUCUGUACUUGGACCCAUUCUCUUUAAUAUUUUUAUUAGUGAUAUUUCAGAAGGUCUUGAUGGUAAGGUAUGUCUUUUUGCUGAUGAUACUAAGAUAUGUAACAGGGUUGAUGUUCCAGGAGGGAUAAGCCAAAUGGCAAAUGAUUUAGGUAAAACUAGAAAAAUGGUCAGAAUUGUGGCAACUGACAUUUAAUGUGGAUAAGUGCAAGAUAAUGCAUCUUGGACGUAAAAACCCAAGGGCAGAGUACAGAAUAUUUGAUAGAGUCCUAACCUCAACAUAUGAGGAAAGGGAUUUAGGGGUGAUUAUUUCUGAUGAUUUAAAGGUAGAAAAAGAAAAAAGCCGGUGGCCAAAGACAACCAGCCUAUAAGUGUGUCAGGGGAAUCCUGAGAGGGGGUAACCCUUACAUACGUUUGAGGAAAAAUACAAAGAUAGGAAGAUCUAGGCAGAGAGGAGGAAACUCCUCGUCCCUACACUAAGUCAACCAAAAGAGGAAACCCCAUCCUUGAUGUAAUGCUAAAAAUAAAACUUAACCUUUAUUGAUAAAAAAUAAAAUAAUGCAAACACACAAAAAAUAGAUAAAGAUAAAAAGUAUAAGGAGUGCCACCGCAAUCACUGUGGGUGUGGACAAUAAAAAUGAAUCAUAUUAUGUCCUCCAGAACCACUUAUGGAUAGGUAUCAAACAAGGAGACUAGUUACUAAAUAGGGUAGGAUAUGGAGAGGAGAGAGAAAAAGAAAAUUAAAUAAAUAGAGGAAUUCCUCUGAGUCACUAUAAACAACUCCUAGAAAGGAAAGUGAGAACCUAAUAGGCACUGUGGCAGACAGUAACAAGAUAUCUAGUGCAAGUAGAAACUAAAUUGCACCUGUAACAGUAACCCCUAUAAUGUGGGAUAAUAAACUGGAUAUUGCCUCAAAAAUGCAUACCAGAGGGCUUUAUUGAGUUAUAGAGGAGACCUUCUAAGAGACAAAGAGGCUCCAACAAAACAAGAACACAUUCGCUGUGUAGCCACGUUUGAUUCUGGAUGAGACCAGACCAAACGGAUACUAGGCAGAUUCUGGCCUCUGAUCUCCCAAGAUCCUCAACUCAAAGGAGUUGUGACUCCAUUUGUUUCCCUCACUGCACGAAGAGGCAGAAAUUUAAAAGAAGUUUUGGUCCCCAGCCAUUUGUCCACUAAGUGUGUCAGUACAAACUGGCUUUCCGUGCAGGGCACCUACCAAUGUGGCAGGUGCGUGGCCUGUCAGUACAUGAUGAAAAAUUCAAAAGUCCUUUUAGAUUUGACUGAUAAAUCAAUGUGUCAGAUUAAACAAUUUUUCAAUUGUAAUACGAAGGGGAUUAUAUAUUUGCUGAAAUGUUUAUGUGGCCUUAGAUAUGUGGGGAAAACCAUCCGCCCCUUUAAGAGGCGUGUUAUGGAACACAUACACUCAGUCAAAAAUUUCAGAGAUACCCCGGUUUCUAGACACAUUAGAAAUGAUCAUCAUGGUGACACGCGAGGGAUCAAAUUUGCAGGUAUCGAAAAGGUGCAAUUGGGUCGUAGAGGAGGUGACCUGGACCGUACCCUCCUCAAAAGAGAAUGCUUUUGGAUCUAUAAAUUCAAUACAUUGGCCCCCAAUGGAUUAAAUGAAGGAUUUACGUUUACUCCCUUUAUUGAAUAAUGAGUUACACAGUGAAUAAUAUUUAACAUCUUUAAUAAUGCAAUAUUACUUGAUUUAUAUAUAUAUAUAUAUCAUUUUUGUAAAUACUUUUGUUAUUUGUUGAUUAAAAAUUGACUGUAAUGUCUUGUUCCCUCUUAUAUUAUAUAUGAAACUUAUGUGAAACUUAAGCGUUGUCACCUGAUCAAAACAUUAUUGUUUAACUAUAAUAUCUGUAUAUUAUCCCACUAUGAGUGAUUAGGACCAAAAGAUUUCUAAUAGCUAGUCACACUAACGCUUUAUGUACUAGCAAAAACAUGUCUUUUUCAUCCUUUGUUUAUUUAACUAACAAGCACAUAAUUUCUGUAAAUAUGUCACUUUGUUUCAUUUUAUCUGGUUACUUUGAUUGAUCAUAUAACAAAUGAAUAUUUUACUGACUUUAUACAUCUGUUUCUUUAACACCAUAUGAAUGACCAGGUUAAUGUUUAGGCAAUGGUUCACUAGGGGCACAUUUGCAUACCCUGUCAAUCACUCACACAAGGGGAAGGUACCUGUUUGAACGCCGUUUCGGCGCGAACAGGUUUGACACGCCCACAUAGUUUUGCCGAUUCGGUACACUUAUAUAAGAGCCGGGCAGGGGAUAGACGGUUGCUUUACCUCUGACGAAGGCGCAUUAGAAGCGCUGAAACGUGCGUUAGGUAGUCUAGUUUGGAGUUGCCACGAGUGUUAGGUUUUAGCAAGCUGUUACUAGCAUAAGGGAUUUGGGGAUACGUGAGGAGGGAAGGAGUUUGCUUGUUCACGAUAUGAGUCUUUUUCUAUUUUGGCAGUCUCCAUUUAUGCUGCAGUGGCUCUUUUGGUAACAAUAUCCAGUUUCUUAUCCCACAUUAUAGGGGUUACUGUUACAGGUGCAAUUUAGUUUCUACUUGCACUAGAUAUUUUGUUACUAUCUGCCACAGUGCCUAUUAGGUUCUCACUUUCCUUUCUAGGAGUUGUUUAUAGUGACUCAGAGGAAUUCCUCUAUUUAUUUAAUUUUGUUUUUCUCUCUCCUCUCCAUAUCCUACCCUAUUUAGUAACUAGUCUCCUUGUUUGAUACCUAUCCAUAAGUGGUUCUGGAGGACAUAAUAUGAUUCAUUUUUAUUGUCCACACCCACAGUGAUUGCGGUGGCACUCCUUAUACUUUUUAUCUUUAUCUAUUUUUUGUGUGUUUGCAUUAUUUUAUUUUUUAUCAAUAAAGGUUAAGUUUUAUUUUUAGCAUUACAUCAAGGAUGGGGUUUCCUCUUUUGGUUGACUUAGUGUAGGGACGAGGAGUUUCCUCCUCUCUGCCUAGAUCUUCCUAUCUUUGUAUUUUUGAUUUAAAGGUAGGCAGACAAUGUAAUAGAGCAGCAGGAAAUGCUAGCAGAAUGCUUGGUUGUAUAGGGAGAGGUAUUAGCAGUAGAAAGAGGGAAGUGCUCAUGCCAUUGUACAGAACACUGGUGAGACCUCACUUGGAGUAUUGUACACAGUACUGGACACCGUAUCUUCAGAAGGAUAUUGAUACUUUGGAGAGAGUUCACAGAAGCACUACUAAACUUGUUCAUGGAUUGCGGGAUAAAACUUACCAGGAAAGGUUAAAGGAUCUUAACAUGUAUAGCUUGGAGGAAAGACGAGACGGGGGGAUAUGAUAGAAACAUUUAAAUAUAUAAAGGGAAUCAACACAGUAAAGGAGGAGACUAUAUUUAAAAGAAGAAAAACUACCACAACAAGAGAACAUAGUCUUAAAUUAGAGGGACAAAGGUUUAAAAAUAAUAUCAGGAAGUAUUACUUUACUGAGAGGGUAGUGGAUGCAUGGAAUAGCUUUCCAGCUGAAGUGGUAGAGGUUAACACAGUAAAGGAGUUUAAGCAUGCGUGGGAUAGGCAUAAGGCUAUCCUAACUAUAAGAUAAGGCCAGGGACUAAUGAAAGUUUUUAGAAAAUUGGGCAGACUAGAUGGGCCGAAUGGUUCUUAUCUGCCGUCACAUUCUAUGUUUCUAUGUCUAUCAAAUGUCUCUAAAGAACCACCACAAAUAAAGUUACACCUCUCUCUCCGUAUUUUCCUGGGUAACAUCUCCAAGCAUUGUUUGACAGAAUACAGAGUAAAAAAUAUGUCAACCUGGCAUAUAUACUUAGAGUUUAGAGGAGGCCAUAACACUAUCACAUGGAUCAUUUUGGAGUCAAACAGUCUUUCUGGCAGAACACAAAUCUUCAAUGUUCUUGACUUUUCAGCUGAUUAAUACUGUAAAUGUUGUAUAAAAUAUAUUUAGAUGUAAACCUUAGUAGCGGCUUUAAGCUUUGAGUAAAUAAGCGGUGUAGCAUCAGGAAAUGUGUGAGCUGCUGCUUUAAAAUAGAUAGUCAAAGAACGGUUGAGACUCUAGGACACUAUAUGCCUAUAGGCAGGGCCGGACUGGCCCACUGGGAUACCGGGAAUUUCCCGGUGGGCCGUCGGCACCUGGGGCCGGGCAGGCAGCUGGCUCUUCUGGCGGCCGCAUGGGGGAGCUCCUUUGGCGGCCGCAGGGGGAGCUGGCUGUUCUGUCUCUGCUCCCCCUCCCCUGCGCACUGCUUAAUGAGACCGGGGCCGGAAUAUGACGUCAGCCAGCUCCCCCUGCGGCCGCCAAUGGAGCUCCCCCAUGCGGCCGCCAGAAGAGCUCCCCACAGGUAGAAAUUGUGUGUGUCAGUGUGAGUGUAUGUGUGUGUGUCUGUGUCAUUUGUGUGCGUCUGUCUGUGUCAUGGUGUGUGUGUGUGUGUGUCUGUGUCAUGGUGUGUGUCUGUGUCAUGGUGUGUGUCUGUGUCAUGGUGUGUGUGUGUCUGUCUGUGUCAUGGUGUGUGUCUUUGUCAUGGUGUGUGUGUGUCUGUCUGUGUCAUGGUGUGUGUGUCUGUGUCAUGGUGUGUGUGUCUGUGUCAUUGUGUGUGUCUGUGUCAUGUUGUGUGUGUGUCUCUGUCAUGGUGUGUGUGUGUCUAUCUGUGUCAUGCAAUGUGUGUCUGUGUCAUGGUGUGUGUCUGUGUCAUGGUGUGUGUGUCUGUCUGUGUCAUGGUGUGUGUCUGUGUCUGUCUGUGUCAUGGCGUGUGUGUCUGUGUCAUUGUGUGUGUCUCUGUCAUGGUGUGUGUAUGUGUCAUGGUGUGUGUGUAUUUGUCAUUGUGUGUGUGUAUGUGUCAUGGUGUGUGUGUGUUUGUCAUGGUGUGUGUGUGUCUGUUUGUCAUGGUGUGUGUGUCUGUCUGUGUCAUGUAAUGUGUGUCUGUCUGUGUCACGGUCUCUCUGUGUCGUGGUGUGUGUGUGUCUGUGUGUCAUGGUGUGUGUGUCUGUGUUGUGUGUGUGUGUGUCUGUGUCACGGUCUGUCUGUGUUAUGGUGUGUGUGUGUGUCAAGGUGUGUGUGUCUUUUUUAAGGUGUGUGUCUGUCAUGGUAUGUGUGUGUCUCUGUCAUGGUGUGUGUGUGUCUGUCUGUGUCAUGGUGUGUCUGUCUGUCACGGUGUGUGUGUGUUUCUGUCUGUGUCACGGUGUGUGUCUGUGUCAUGGUCUGUCUGUGUCAUGGUGUGUGUCUGUCAUGGUAUGUGUAUGUGUAUGUGUGUUUUUACUCACCUUUUUUUUUCCCCACGUCGUGCUGGUCUCCCCUCGACUGGCCCUGCCUCUACGACUGAGAUCAUCAAGCUUGAUGAUGUCAGCCAAUCCGCACUGAUACAGGAAGCACCUCUAGUGACCGUCUGAGUGUCUGUCACUAGGAAGCAAUGUAAACACUGCCUUUUCUCUAAAAAGUCAGUGUUUACAUUGAAAAGCCUGCAGGGACAGGAUAUAGACACCAGAGCCACUACAUGAAGCUGUGUGUGUGUGCGCGCCUGCUAGUGAGUGGGCUUGCUUGUGUGUGUGUGCCUGCUACUGAGUGAGCUUGUGUUUUUAUGUCAAUGACCUUAUGUAUAUCAGUGAGAUUGUUUGUCUAUGAGUCUGUGUAUCAAUGAGCUUGUGUGUGUCAGUGAGAUUGUCUGUGUCUGCAUGUGAGUAUGCUUACUGUAUAAUUAAAAAUUUUACUCUGAAAGGACCAAUAUUUUAUAUUGGAAAAAGAUAUAUAUAUCAUCUAGGGUUGCAAGACAUAGCCUUAAAUUUUACAUGCGACAAUAUAUGGCGCAAUCACUUAUGGGGCUGGCAUAGAUUUUUUUUUCCAGGGCUGCUUUGGAAUCCCCAGUCCGGCCCUGCCUAUAGGGAAGAUAAUCUCACUUGUACAAAUAAGAUAAGAACACAGACAGUGACAAGGAUAUAUGUAAGGAUAUCAAAGACUUUUCAGUAAGUUCUUGUGAUCUCUCAUAUUUUCUUUCAUUGUUUUCUUUUUAAAGGAUCACGCUUAUAUUAUAAAUAGAUAUAUUUAUUAGAGUGUUUUUGUCACUCAUUACAUUUUUACCACCCCUGACUAAAGUAAAAUAAAAGUUAGACUCUCUCACUUUUAUCCAGCAUUGUCUUGGUCUCACCACGGCAGCCAAUCAUCCUCUUCUGAGCUUGUCAUUACUGAUGAUCUCUGACCAAUCCAAUGCUUCUAGAGUGGUGAUAGCCAGAGGCUUUGUUCUCAUAGAGACACAUUAAAUCCAAUGUAAUCUAUUAGAGGCAUUAACAGUGUUCAGCGAUACCGAAUGUGAAGACGCAAAAUAACUCAAAGUCUUCUAUAAGAACAUGCAGAUGACGGCUGACUGACAAAUAUAAACAUUACAGUUUCUCACAAACAGCAAUAUUUACAUUUAUCGGAUUUUAUUAAAGGACCACUAUAGUGCCAGGAAAACAUACUCGUUUUCCUGGCACUAUAGUGCCCUGAGGGUGCCCCCACCCUCAAGGACCCCCUCCCGCCGGGCUGGAUGCUUUCCUAUGGACGCUUGCUUCUUCUCACUGUGAUUUUCACAGUGAGAAUCACGCAAGCACCUCUAGCGGCUGUCAAUGAGACAGCCACUAGAGGAUUUAGAGGCUGGAUUAACCCAUUUAUAAACAUAGCAGUUUCUCUGAAACUGCUAUGUUUAUAAAAAACAAGGGUUAAUCCUAGAGGGACCUGGCACCCAGACCACUUCAAUAAACUAUCUCCUAAUUGGUCUUCCCAAUAGCCGUAUUGCCCCGCUACAGUCUGUCCUCUCACACCUCACCCCUCUGUCAUUCCUUACAUUGGCUUCCUGUAUCCUAUAGGAGUAAAUUCACGGUACUAACGUAUACCUAUAUAGCACUGACCAAUUCUAGCCCCUCUUAUAUCUCCUCACAGAUCUAUAGGUAUGCCCCUUCUCGAUCUCUCUGCUCUGCCCGUGACCUUCUCCUGUCCGCUAAUCGCACCCGUACAGCCAACUCGUGCUUGCAGGACUUCUCGCGGGCGGCUCCCUUCCUGUGGAAUAUCCUGCCUACCGCCAUCAGACUCUCCCCUACUCUUGAAUCUUUUAAGGAAUCUUUAGGAAAGCUUAUGGCCUCCCAGAGUAACCUCUACCAUGCAUACCUGUCUCUUGCUCUCUCCUAUAGGGCAGCACUCUACUCUCUCCUCCAGCUCUGCUUCACUCCCAACUAUUUUGAUUGCUACCUCCUGUCCUAUUGUGUUUUACACCCCAUCUCCUAUAGACUGUAAGCUCGUUGGAGCAGGGUCCUUAACCCAGCUCCUGAGUGGCUUAUUGCUCUGUCACUGACCCUGUAACUCCUUAUUACAGUAACCCAGCUCCUGAGUGCUUUAUUGCUCUAUCACUGACCCUGCUGUUUCUAAGUGUCUAGUUGGAGAUAUUCUGGAGGUAACCUGGAGGUAAUCUGAGGUAUUCAGGAGGAUAAAGGAAAAAAGUUAAGAUUUGUUAGAUUUAAAUUAUUCUCAUAAUUGGAAUGGCAGGCUUAGUUCAGUGUAACAAUUGCUAUGCAUUUGUUUCACGUUCCACUUUUUGGAGGUUUGGUUGUUGUCUUAUCUGUAGACAGUUCUCUAUCUUGCGGCAGGAGAUUGUAUUUUUUGAAGUCUGAGAUUUGUAAAUUAUCUGGUGUAGAAACUCAGACUGGAACUGCUGCAAAGCCACUGCCGCAGAGACAUGCUAGGAAAGGCAGAUGGAUUACUGUAGGAUCUGGUAGACUUAGAGUUGUGGAUAAAAGGCAUUUUGUACAGUCUGUUGCUCUUCAUAAUUCAUUUUCUGCACUUUCAGAGUGUAAUGGUGUUGUGGAGAGAGGCACUGAGGCUAGUGGUGUUGUGGAGAGAGGCACUAAGACUAGUGGUGUUGUAGAGAGAGUCACUGAGGAUAGUGGUGUUGUGGAGAGAGGCACUGAGGCUAGUGGUGUUGUGGAGACCGGCUUGGUGAGGCCUAAUAGAAAGCAGUUGUUGUUGGGUGAUUCCAUUAUAAGAGGUAUGGAGAUGGACAAUGGUGGUCUUGUGAGGUGUCUUCCCGGAGCUACUGCUCACAGAGACAGGAGACGUAUCUGUAAUAUUGUUAAGCAAGCAAAGCAGGAAGGGGAAUUGGAUGUACUUGUCCAUCUAGGGACAAAUGACUUGGCUUGCAAUGAAGUUUCAGAGGUUAAGGAAGUUUUUAGGGUUUUUGCCAAUGAUAUACGGCAGGUUGCUUCCACACUGCAUAACACUCAGAACGACAGGCGGAUGCGUAUUAGGGACUUUAAUUUGUGGCUUGGUAAAUGCUGUCGGGAGCAAGGAUUUGGCUUUAUUUAUCAUGGUAGCUCUGUUUGGAAUGGAGAUAAGCUGUACAAAAAAGAUGGUUUGCAUCUUUCUCAAAGGGGAACAAAUGUUCUCAGUGAGCAGUUCAGAGGUUUUGCUAGGAUGUAUUUAAACUAGGAGGGGGGGCAAAAGGGUAAUAAAACAUCAAUCCAAUUGUCCCCCAAAACAAGGACAGAAGGUGCCUGUAGCAAGUGUGUUAAAAAAUUAUAAGCUUAGAGUCAUGUCUACAAAUGCUCGCAGUUUAGGGAAUAAGAUCCAUGAACUUGUGGCAAUAAUGGCAACCGAUAGUGUAGAUUUAGUCGCUGUUACUGAGACAUGGUAUAAUGAGAAAAAUGACUGGGACAUAGCAAUACCAGGGUACUCUUUAUAUAGAAAAGAUAGGGAAGGCAAGAAAGGGGAGGGGUGGCCCUGUAUGUGAAGGAUAGCAUAAAAUCUAGCCUAAUAAAAGUUAGUGAGGCGAACAUAGAGUCCGUUUGGGUUACGUUAGAAUUUGGUAAUCACACAGUAAUUUAUGUAGGUGUGAUUUAUAAGCCCCCAGGACAAAUUGAAGAGUUAGAUAAUCUACUAGUUGAGGAAAUAGCUAAAAUGACAAUGAAGGGGGAAGUUAUCAUCAUGGGUGACUUUAAUCUUCCUGAUGUAAAUUGGAAAACAAAAUUAGCUACUUGUGCCAGGAGCACACAUAUUCUAAACUCCCUACUGGGAUUGUCUCAAAAACAAGUUGUUGAGGAGCCAACUCGUAAAGAGGCCAUACUAGAUUUAGUGUUAACAAAUGGAGAUUUGGUAUCAGAUGUUACUGUAGGUGAAAGUUUAGGAUCCAGUGAUCAUCAGUCAGUGUGGUUUAAUAUAAGAACAGUGACUGAGUCACACCACACAAAAACAAAAGUUUUAGACUUUAGAAAACAGACUUUUCUAAAAUUAGAAUAUGGGUAGAGGAGUCAUUAUCAGACUGGAGCAAUUUAAAUGGAGUCCAAGAGAAAUGGGAUUAUUUAAAGUUGCACUAUUGAAGGCAACAGAAAAUUGCAUUAGGCUUGUCAGUAAAAGCAAAAAAUUCAAGAAACCACUGUGGUACUCCGCAGAUGUGGCCAAAAUAGUUAAAAACAAAAAGUUAGCAUUUAGGAAUUAUAAAAAAACCUAGAGUGAGGAAGACAAAAUGAUCUAUAAGAUUAGGCAGAAAGAGGCUAAGCAAGUUAUAAGAGCUUCCAAAUCACACACAGAAGAGAAAAUAGCACAGUCAGUAAAAAGGGGGGAUAAAACAUUUUUUAGAUACAUAAAUGAGAAAAGAAAAGUAAAACAAGGAUUAGUUAGAUUAAAACAAAAGAAGGAAGGUAUGUAGAAGAGGAUAAAGGUCAGGCUGACUGCCUCAAUGAAUAUUUUUGUUCUGUAUUUACAGAAGAAAAUGAAGGAAAGGGACCUCAGUUGAGAAAAAGGAUAAAUGAGUCAUCUAUUACACGUGAGUUUACAGAGGAAGAGGUUCUAUUUCAACUGUCAAAAGUAAAGACAAAUAAGUCAAUGGGACCUGAUGGAAUACACCCAAAGCUAUUAAAAGAGCUUAGUGGUGUACUAGCAAAACCAUUAACAGAUUUAUUUAACCAAUCAUUGUUAACAGGAGUAGUCCCAGAAGAUUGGAAAUUAGCGAAUGUUGUGCCCAUUUACAAGAAAGGUAAUAGGGAAGAGUCGGGCAACUAUAGGCCAGUAAGCCUUACUUCAGUAGUGGGGAAAGUGAUGGAAACCAAGUUAAAGGAUAGGAUUGAUGAACAUCUAAAAACACAUGGAUUUCAAGAUCAGAGACAACAUGGGUUUACUUCAGGGAGAUCAUGCCAAACUAAUCUUAUUGAUUUUUGAUUGGGUAACUAAAAUUAUAGAUCAGGGUGGUGCAGUAGACAUUGCUUACCUAGAUUUCAGUAAGGCUUUUGACACUGUUGCACAUAGAAGGCUUAUCAAUAAACUGCAAUCUUUAAGUUUGGAUUCCAAUAUUGUUGAAUGGGUAAGGCAGUGGCUGAGUGACAGGCAACAGAGGGUUGUAGUUAAUGGAAUAUAUUCGAAGCUUGGACUUGUCACCAGUGGGGUACCUCAGGGAUCUGUACUUGGACCCAUUCUCUUUAAUAUUUUUAAUAGUGAUAUUGCAGAAGGUCUUAAUGGUAAGGUAUGUCUUUUUGCUGAUGAUACUAAGAUAUGUAACAGGGUUGAUGUUCCAGGAGGGAUAAGCCAAAUGGCAAAUGAUUUAGGUAAACUAGAAAAAUAGUCAGAGUUGUGGCAACUGACAUUUAAUGUGGAUAAGUGCAAGAUAAUGCAUCUUGGACGUAAAAACCCAAGGGCAGAUUACAGAAUAUUUGAUAGGUUCUAACCUCAACUUGUAUGAGGAAAGGGAUUUAGGGGUGAUUAUUUCUGAUGACUUAAAGGGUAGGCCAGACAAUGUAAUAGAGCAGCAGGAAAUGCUAGCAAGUACUUGGUUGUAUGAGUAUUAUGAGCUGAAGGGAAGUACUCAUUAUACCUUCUGAACACUGGGUGGAACACCUAACGGGUAUUACAGUACGGUCGUCUGCUCGCACAAAUUACAGAGAGGGUUCAGAAGGGCUACUAAACUGGUUCAUGGAUUGCGGGAUAAAACUUACCAGGAAAGGUUAAAGGAUCUUAACAUGUAUAGCUUGGAGGAAAGACGAGACAGGGGGGGAUAUGAUAGAAACAUUUAAAUAUAUAAAGGGAAUCAACACAGUAAAGGAGGAGACUAUAUUUAAAAGAAGAAAAACUACCACAACAAGAGGACAUAGUCUUAAUCCCUUAAGGACACAACUUCUGGAAUAAAAGGGAAUCUUGACGGAAUAUUUCCGUCAUGUGUCCUUAAGGGGUUAAAUUAGAGGGACAAAGGUUUAAAAAUAAUAUCAGGAAGUAUUACUUUACUGAGAGGGUAGUGGAUGCAUGGAAUAGCCUUCCAGCUGAAGUGGUAGAGGUUAACACAGUAAAGGAGUUUAAGCAUGCAUGGGAUAGGCAUAAGGCUAUCCUAACUAUAAGAUAAGGCUAGGGACUAAUGAAAGUUUUUAGAAAAUUGGGAAGACUAGAUGGGCCGAAUGGUUCUUAUCUGCCGUCACAUUCUAUGUUUCUAUGUUUCUAUGUUUCUAUUGCUCUGUCACUGACCCUGUAACUCCUUAUUACAGUAACCCGGCUCCUGAGUGCCUUAUUGCUCUGUCACUGACCCUGUGACAUCUUAUUACAGUAACCCAGCUCCUGAGUGCCUUAUUGCUCUAUCACUGACCCUGUAACUCCUUAUUACAAUAACCCGGCUCCUGAGUGCCUUAUUGCUCUGUCACUGAUCCUGUAACUCCUUAUUACAGUAACCCAGCUCCUGAGUGCUUUAUUGCUCUAUCACUGACCUUGUAACUCCUUAUUACAGUAACCCAGCUCCUGAGUGCCUUAUUGCUCUGUCACUGACCCUGUAACUCCUUAUUACAGUAACCCAGCUCCUGAGUGCCUUAUUGCUCUGUCACUGACCUUGUAACUCCUUAUUACAGUAACCCGGCUCCUGAGUGCCUUAUUGCUCUGUCACUGACCCUGUAACUCCUUAUUACAGUAACCCAGCUCCUGAGUGCCUUAUUGCUCUAUCACUGACCCUGUAACUCCUUAGUACAGUAACCCAGCUCCUGAGUGCCUUAUUGCUCUAUCACUGACCCUGUAACUCCUUAGUACAGUAACCCAGCUCCUGAGUGCCUUAUUGCUCUGUCACUGACCCUGUAACUCCUUAUUACAGUAACCCAGCUCCUGAGUGCCUUAUUGCUCUAUCACUGACCCUGUAACUCCUUAUUACAGUAACCCAGCUCCUGAGUGCCUUAUUGCUCUAUCACUGACCCUGUAACUCCUUAUUACAGUAACCCAGCUCCUGAGUGCCUUAUUGCUCUGUCACUGACCCUGUAACACCUUAUUACAGUAACCCAGCUCCUGAGUGCCUUAUUGCUCUGUCACUGACCCUGUAACUCCUUAUUACAGUAACCCAGCUCCUGAGUGCCUUAUUGCUCUGUAACCUCACUGACCCUGUAACUCCUUAUUACAGUAACCCAGCUCCUGAAUGCCUUAUUGCUCUAUCACUGACCCUGUAACUCCUUAUUACAGUAACCCGGCUCCUGAGUGCCUUAUUGCUCUAUCACUGACCCUGUAACUCCUUAUUACAGUAACCCGGCUCCUGAGUGCCUUAUUGCUCUAUCACUGACCCUGUAACAUCGUAUUACAGUAAUCCAGCUCCUGAGUGCCUUAUUGCUCAAUUAAUAACCCUGUAACUCCUUAUUACAGUAACCCGGCUCCUGAGUGCCUUAUUGCUCUGUCACUGACCUUGUAACUCCUUAUUACAAUAACCCAGCUCUGAGUGCCUUAUUGCUCUAUCACUGACCCUGUAACGCCUUAUUACAGUAACCCGGCUCCUGAGUGCCUUAUUGCUCUAUCACUGACCCUGUAACACCUUAUUACAGUAACCCAGCUCCUGAGUGCCUUAUUGUUCUAUCACUGACCCUGUAACACCUUAUUACAGUAACCCAGCUCCUGAGUGCCUUAUUGCUCUGUCACUGACCCUGUAACUGCUCCUGAGUGCCUUAUUGUUCUAUCACUGACCCUGUAACACCUUAUUACAGUAACCCAGCUCCUGAGUGCCUUAUUGCUCUAUCACUGACCCUGUAACUCCUUAUUACAGUAACCCGCUCCCGAGUGCCUUAUUGCUCUAUCACUGACCCUGUAACACCUUAUUACAGUAACCCGGCUCCUGAGUGCCUUAUUGCUCCAUCACUGACCCUGUAACUCCUUAUUACAGUAACCCGGCUCCUGAGUGCCUUAUUGUUCUAUCACUGACCCUGUAACUCCUUAUUACAGUAACCCAGCUCCUGAGUGCCUUUUUGCUCUAUCACUGACCCUGUAACAUCGUAUUACAGUAAUCCAGCUCCUGAGUGCCUUAUUGCUCAAUUAAUAACCCUGUAACUCCUUAUUACAGUAACCCGGCUCCUGAGUGCCUUAUUGCUCUAUCACUGACCCUGUAACAUCGUAUUACAGUAAUCCAGCUCCUGAGUGCCUUAUUGCUCAAUUAAUAACCCUGUAACUCCUUAUUACAGUAACCCAGCUCCUGAGUGCCUUAUUGCUCUGUCACUGACCUUGUAACUCCUUAUUACAAUAACCCAGCUCCUGAGUGCCUUAUUGCUCUAUCACUGACCCUGUAACUCCUUAUUACAGUAACCCGGCUCCUGAGUGCCUUAUUGCUCUAUCACUGACCCUGUAACUCCUUAUUACAGUAACCCAGCUCCUGAGUGCCUUAUUGCUCUAUCACUGACCCUGUAACACCUUAUUACAGUAACCCAGCUCCUGAGUGCCUUAUUGCUCUAUCACUGACCCUGUAACACCUUAUUACAGUAACCCGGCUCCUGAGGGCCUUAUUGCUCUAUCACUGACCCUGUAACACCUUAUUACAGUAACCCAGCUCCUGAGUGCCUUAUUGCUCUAUCACUGACCCUGUAACACCUUAUUACAGUAACCCGGCUCCUGAGUGCCUUAUUGCUCUAUCACUGACCCUGUAACACCUUAUUACAGUAACCCAGCUCCUGAGGGCCUUAUUGCUCUAUCACUGACCCUGUAACACCUUAUUACAGUAACCCAGCUCCUGAGUGCCUUAUUGCUCCAUCACUGACCCUGUAACACCUUAUUACAGUAACCCAGCUCCUGAGGGCCUUAUUGCUCUAUCACUGACCCUGUAACACCUUAUUACAUUACCCAAGAUCCUGAGUGUCUUAUUGCUCUAUCACUAGCCUUGUAACACCUUAUUACAGUAACCAAGCUCCUGAGUGCCUUAUUGCUCUAUCACUGACCCGUAACUCCUUAUUACAGUAACCCAGCUCCUGAGUGCCUUAUUGCUCUAUCACUGACCCUGUAACACCUUAUUACAGUAACCCAGCUCCUGAGUGCCUUAUUGCUCUAUCACUGACCCUGUGACACCUUAUUACAGUAACCCAGCUCCUGAGUGCCUUAUUGCUCUAUCACUGACCCUGUAACACCUUAUUACAGUAACCCGGCUCCUGAGUGCCUUAUUGCUCUGUCACUGACCCUGUAACUCCUUAUCACAGUAACCUGGCUCCUGAGUGCCUUAUUGCUCUGUCACUGACCCUGUAACACCUUAUUACAGUAACCCAGCUCCUGAGUGCCUUAUUGCUCUGUCACUUACCCUGUAACACCUUAUUACAUUACCCAAGCUCCUGAGUGCCUUAUUGCUCUAUCACUGGCCUUGUAACACCUUAUUACAGUAACCAAUUUCUGAGUGCCUUAUUGCUCUAUCACUGACCCUGUAACACCUUAUUACAGUAACCCAGCUCCUGAGUGCCUUAUUGCUCUAUCACUGACCCUGUGACACCUUAUUACAGUAACCCAGCUCCUGAGUGCCUUAUUGCUCUAUCACUGACCCUGUAACACCUUAUUACAGUAACCCGGCUCCUGAGUGCCUUAUUGCUCUGUCACUGACCCUGUAACUCCUUAUUACAGUAACCUGGCUCCUGAGUGCCUUAUUGCUCUGUCACUGACCCUGUAACACCUUAUUACAGUAACCCGGCUCCUGAGUGCCUUAUUGCUCUGUCACUUACCCUGUAACACCUUAUUACAUUACCCAAGCUCCUGAGUGCCUUAUUGCUCUAUCACUGGUCUUGUAACACCUUAUUACAGUAACCAAGCUCCUGAGUGCCUUAUUGCUCUAUCACUGACCCGUAACUCCUUAUUACAGUAACCCAGCUCCUGAGUGCCUUAUUGCUCUAUCACUGACCCUGUAACACCUUAUUACAGUAACCCAGCUCCUGAGUGCCUUAUUGCUCUAUCACUGACCCUGUGACACCUUAUUACAGUAACCCAGCUCCUGAGUGCCUCAUUGCUCUAUCACUGACCCUGUGACACCUUAUUACAGUAACCCGGCUCCUGAGUGCCUUAUUGCUCUGUCACUGACCCUGUAACUCCUUAUUACAGUAACCCAGCUCCUGAGUGCCUUAUUGCUCUAUCACUGACCCUGUAACACCUUAUUACAGUAACCCAGCUCCUGAGGGCCCUAUUGCUCUAUCACUGACUUUUUUUUAACUUAAUGAGCAUCUCAUUAAUUUGUUUCUUGAUCACUGACCCUAUAUCCGCUCAACACUAUAACUUUUGAGCUCUGAAACCUGUUUUCAGGAUUAGAAACAGAAAUUCCUGCUAGUCUCUCAUCCUUGUGAUCAUUUAGCCGGUUGUUUGAAAGGUAGGUUCAUCAAUGAUGACUAAGGGAAGCACACAAAGGAUAGGAAAUAGUAAGAGAGGAAUGUGUUAAUUCUUGUAAAACAAGCCCUUGCAGGGUGUGAGAGGGCAGAACUUGCAGAGUACAGUAAGGUGUGAAUAUUUAUUAAACACCAUAGAAGAGAGCUGCGUCACAGUUCUGCAACUGAAGAGCAAUGUAAAAUUUGUUCAAUAAACAGUGAAUUGUAUCAUUCUGAUUUGUUAAUAUAAACCAAAACAUCCAAGUUGGAAAAUGCAGUAAAUAUACAAUUAGUCUAAUAAAAAAUAUAAAUAUAUAUAAAAAAAUAGCCAAGCUAUAAAAAUUCCCCAUCUCAGCUAGACCAGAUAUCCGCUAUUUUGGCCAAAAAUGGACAAUUUCCCAAUCCGUUCUCUACAACUCCCAAAUUAGGGAAUAUUAUGUCAUUUAUAAACAUUUGUCCAUAUUACACAUCAUGGUGAGUUUUAUUAUGCAUGCCACACAUUGCUGUGAGAUUCUGUGAUAUAAUUACUGCACAUUUUGUUGCUAUAAUGCUAUGUGAUAUAAUUAUACGGAGAGCUUUAUUCCACGAGAGCUGUGAUAUGCAUGUCAUCUCCUUAGGAAAGCUUAUGGCCUCCUAGGGUAACCUCUACCUCACAUACCUCACAUACCUGUCUCUUGCUCUCUCCUAUAGGGCAGCACUCUACUCUCUCCUCCAUCUCUGCUUCACUCCCACCUUAUUUGAUUGCUAUUCCCUGUCCUGUUGUGUUUUACACCCCCCCCUAUAGACUGUAAGCUUGUUUCAGCAGGGUCCUCUUCAACCUGUCAUUCCUGUAAGUUCUCUUGUAAUUGUCCCUGUGGCGAAACCGACCUCGCCACUGGGCAUUGGAGAAGACUGAUUGCCAGCCUCCUGCCCUGUGACUAUGGCCCCUGGGAUGUAUUACCCUUUAAAGACAUUAUUUGGACAUAUUGUAUUUUAUUAUGCUGCUGCUGGCCCUUUAAGAACUAUGUGGGGACAUAUUGUGGAGUUACUGGGUGGCCACCAUUUCAUGUAUCAGAGGCACAUGGUGAGAGCAAUGGAUGGAGCACAUGGUGAGAACAAUGGAUGGCGGCCAUUUUAACUCACAGACACUGUUUGGACUUUUCAACACGGUGCCAUCUCGCCAGUAUUUGGUGCACAAAGACAUCGUGCAGUGGUUUUAAACUAUACAACAGGGGACACAUUAUACAGUAAUUAUUUUUCAUAUAGCUUGUAAAUGUUAUGCAGAAUCUGCAUUAAACCGUAUCUUCCAAAUUACUGAAAGGAUCUGGGUGAAUUUUGGAUAUGUAGUUCACCCAGAUCCCCCGGUUCCGAGGAUUUCUAUGAGGUUAUUGCAUGUUUUGGGGUCCCUGUGAUAUGUUUUAUAAUACUGUAUUUCUCUGCCUGUGAUAAUUAGAUCAACCAUUGUGUUCAGUAAUCAUAUCACAGGCAGAGGGGAGGAUUUUGUGUGGGAGUGUCUGUGUGUAAUGUACGUGUGUUAUUGGUUGUUCUGUAAAACCCUGUGGACAGUACUAAGUUUGUGGAUUGGGAAUAAAAGAGUCUGUAUGUGCCAGUACAGUCAGUUCUGCUUGACCCUCAAAACGAAGUGUCGUCUCAUUAUUUGGGGAAUUUGAUUGUAUGAUGAUUACCAGGAGUGUAAGCUGAUUGUUUGUUUUUCCUGUUCAGCUGCUUACAGCAUUCAUAUGCUUGAGAGCAUUCGUAUGAUUCUCCGGUUCGGUGGUUGUGGUGUCUGCUGCAGUGCUUGGAGUCCUUAGGAAGCGCUAGGAGCAUCCUUUAACGGAGGUACCCAGUCGGGGUGCCAGGUGAUCCGUUACAGUUCCAUUUAUAGUUAAAUCCCCCCUCUCAUAAUAUUGUAAAGCGCUACGGAAUCUGUUGGCGCUAUAUAAAUGGCAAUAAUAAUAAUAAUAAUAAUAAUAUCAUCCACACCACAACUGCAUGGGAGUUUUAUUGCUAUGGAGCUCUGUGAGACACUCAUACACAUAGCACAGCACCGAGGUUCAUUCAAAGAAAACUCGAAUCUAAGCAUUCAAAUAAAGGUAGAAAAGAAACAGCCAAAUGGAUCACGGUCCUAAAGACAGACACAAACACACUUAGUAGCUCAAAGGGCAAAGGCACAACAAAACAAACCUAUCUUUUCCAAAGGGAGUUUUUAACCUCAAAAAAAAUUGGAUUUUGUCUCUUUAACAAUUCCUGGUAUGUUGUUGGACAACAGAAUAAUAACGUAAAUUGCAAGGCAGCCUUUAGUCCUUCAUUUAACCAGCUUAUUGAUAAUGGCCGGAUGAUGGUUUCUAAUUAGUAUGUUGUGAUUAGUCCCUUCCCCUCAUUUAUUGAAAGCUGGAGAUGCUGCUAUGAGGUGCAUCAUUUAAUCAUGGUAAGAUUUCGGGAUAUUUUUAAAAACCAAAAAAUGUCCAUCCUCUAGAUAAUUAGAUAUAGGUCCCUCAGACAUUCUUAAUCUGUUCUAAUUCUGAUAUCAUCCAUUGACUUUGUAUUGGGCCAUCAGAUCAGACAGGCCCUCUUAUGGAAAGAGCUCAACAAUUCAAAAAUGAUGUCCCAGUAUUUCAUGUUUUUGCAAGUAUUUGUAUAGGGGCUUUAUUUCAUCAAUAAUUAUUUAAGAAACAAAAAUCAAAUACUUAUUCUCCCUUCCCUGCUGUUACCGUGCAUGGAGGAGGGCAUGCUGAUCUCUAUUGGUCCAUUGUGCUGGGAAUCUGGUCUGCUCCCCCGCCUCUGUGUUAUGUGCUGUUUGUUAAGGGUGUAUUAACUUUAUGUGAUAUAUGUGUGUAUUGACUAUGUGUAAUAUUUGUGAUGGGUAUUUAAUUCAGAUCAUGUAGGCCCAUGUGUGAAUGCUGGUGUGUAUUUUUGCAGUGUCACAUUCACAAUUACACAGCCACACAGUUGCAGACAGUCACACAGUUACAGGGAGACACUCACACAAACACACACAGAAAGUCACAAGCAGAGAAAGGCAGAAAGUCACUAACACACAGUUACAUGCAGCCAGACACACAAACAGAUACAGGCAGACAAUCAAACACACACACAGUUACAGCAAGACAGUCACAUGUGUACACAGUUACAGGCAGAGUCACACACACAGGCAGUGGCUGAACUACCGCGGUCGCUGGGCUUGCACCUGCGACUGGGCCCGUCACUCCGGGAGUGUCAGCUGGCUUUGUAAGCCAGCUUCAACCAGAGCACAUCCAUGCUGUUAGGGCCCGCCGAUGGCAAUGAAUUUACAGAGGGCCCAGUCGCACUAUUAAAGCGCCGCAGCGCUGACCGAGCCCCCCUGGAAAUUCAUUGCCAUCGGGUGGACCCGAUGAGCCCCUGAAACUCUCCAUGGAGUGACGAUGUCGUAACGAGGAGGAAGUGACUGCCCUGGUCACUUCCUCCAAGCAAUCAUAGAGAGCCGCAAGGGAGAAGGAAGGAGAGGAGGGAGUCAGAGUGGGAACUCUGACUCCCAUCAGCCUGAGCCACUGGAACCCAGGGAAAGUUUCCCUACUGCACCUAAAAGGUAAGAGAUAAUAGGAGAUUGACUAAAACAUUUUGCAUAUAUAUGUAUGUGUGUGUUUGUCCAUGUGUGUCUUUAUAUAUGUUUCUCUGUAUGUGUGUGCAUGUCUGUAUAUAUGUCUCUGUAUAUGUGUGUGUGCCCAAUUGUGUGUCUGCAUGUCUAUCUGUUUGCAUGUGUGAGGGGGGCUCUAUGGGUGGGGGGGGUUGACAUAUGUGAGGGCCCCAGGGCAAUUUUCGCACAGAGGCUCUGUGGUUUCUAGUUACGCCUCUGCACACAGGUACUGGCAGACAGUCACACACGCACACACACAUAGUUACAGGUAGACAGUCACACACAAACACACGCACAGUUACAGGCAGACAGUCAGUUCCAUUUUUCCAUUAUGGACACUGGGGGAGGGAGUGGAAAAACCCGCAGUUCCUAGGGUUUACUUGUUGGGAAGCAAGGACUCUUUCCUGUGUUCUGCAGUAGUAACUGGGCAGUGGCUUAAGGCCACAUUUAACUCCACCCCUGCUGCCAGUUUACCUUAGUCCGUGGUAUAUUUAGCUCCUGCCCCGCUUCCCAUACUUGCAGAAGCUUUUCAAACUCUACUUCUGCGUAUGCAAACUAUGUCAGCCGCUCAGCUCCCCUGCUGUUAGGGCAUCCAUGCAGCAACACAGCUCACACACCCCUAAGGCCACCCUGGUAGUAGGUGUAGUAGUGUGAGUGGAAAGGUACAUCCUGGGACAGCAGAGACAGUAACGUGCACUUUAAAGUGAAAUUAUACUGCCACUAAAAAUCAUUUUCCUGUCACAAUAGCUUCCCUCUCUGUCAAGGCCCCCUCCAGCGGGUGGUGAAGGGGUUAAUACCUGGUUCUAGCGCUGAUGUCCCUUGGCGCUGGUUAAGCUUCACCCACGCUCCUCUUCCCCACCAAAGUCUGCCAGCGGGAGAGACCUAAUGCGCAUGCACGGCAAUGGCUUUAAAAUUAUGACCACAGUAACUUAUUCAGAUACAGCAGUAGUAGUCUUUUGCUCAGCUGGUCAUUUUUUAACUCAGCUGAGGUAGAUGUUAGGGGAGUGAACGUCAGGUCUAAGAUAGCUGAGAUAGAUGUUAGGGGAGUGAACUUCAGGUCUGAGACAGCUGAGGUAGAUGUUUGGACAAUGAAUGUCUGUUUUGAGACAGCUGAGGUAGAUGUUUGGGCAGUGAAUGUCAUUUCUGAGACAGCUUGUGAAGGAAUACCCCAUCACCUUUGGCUAUUUCUGUUCGUCUGGAUUCAUGUCCCAGUUUUGUUUAAUUUAUUUUGUUUGGUUCCCGAACCGAGACCACCCCAGAGACUCAUUAGAACGUUAUGUAUCUUGUAAGAAAACCGCAAAGGAAAUAAUUAAUAGAAUGCUCCACUUGGUGGCCGCCAUUUUGUACAUGCGAACGCACGUGGUUGGGACCCGAACGCUGGCAGCGGGACUUGGUCGUCGAGUGCCUGGAACUUAUUUCAGCCAGGCACUCCUGCGAACACUGGUCACCAUGGACCGACGGCUCGUUCCAGUUCACCUAGAGAAGCGGUGUUUGGGAGUUACAGAAUACCGAACACAGGGAGCAUUCUACACGAACCAGCUUUACUAUACCUUAUGUGGUUUUUAUACAAAACCCCACGAAUGGAGACCGGCUCUUGCCACAAUUUCCAUGGAACUAUUCUGGUGCCCUAACUCAUGGCAGACCGGUCAGAACUUCUCUGCGAUGGGGAUCCAAAACUACCAAACGGAUCUGGGUGAUUUUUGUAUAUAUUGCUCAGCCAGAUCCAGGCUAUCCAGGCUAUUUGUGGGCUUCCCAUGUAUUUUGGGGGUACUUUUGGGGUGUAUUAAAAUGGUUAGUUUUUUCUGAGCGUGGAGAUAAUUGAGUGUCCAAAAGACAUAUCCUUGAUGUUACUGACUCUCAUGAUGUUUUGACAGCCUUUAGAAUGUGAAUCAUCGUAUCUAGGGAUCUACCUUCUGUGCUCCCCUGUUCUAGACAUUAGGAAAAGGAACUUGUAGUGUUCGUGUGCCAGGAUCCUAAACAUGUUUCAUUUUCUUCUGUUAUUAUUUCAUUCAAUACGUGUUUCUCAACUCUAGUGGCCUCCCUAGCCACUAGUCUCAUCAGUCACCUUAUUAUCCUCACCUGCUUGGACUAAUGAAGAGGCUUCAUAAGGCUACACCCUGCUCACACCAGGGCCUUUACAUUGAGAGAGAAGUGUGUUCUGCUCCUGGCUCUUACUGAGAUUUGUUAUAAUCUGAUACUGAUAAAGACCUGUUUGUGAUUCAACUGAAUCCUGACAACCUGCUCCACCCUUACUCACCUUCAACCAUCCCGAUUCAUCCCAUACAACCCUGCUUUAUUUCUAAACCGGACUUUGGUUACAUAAUGAUUUCCUCCCAACCUGCCUGGGUAUUACUGACUGUGACAGACCCAUCCGUAUGAACUAGGAUUGCUGUGUUCGUCUGUUUUGCCGUUUGCAUGAAUUUACCCAUUUGUAUGCCUUGUUUAAGGGAAUGUACUUUUCUGUCGAACGGAACUGCCGAACGGACGGCCACCCAGAAGAGAAGUGUGCUGCUGGUUAACCUAUUGAUCCCAAUUAGAACGUUGCGGUUAACCACAGACACUUCUCAAUUAAAACCGAAUACAGGGUGAUCGUCGUUCGUUUGUCGACCACGAGGCGGCGGCCAUUUUAACCAUGCGAAAGACCAGCGGUGUUCGACGGUUAUUUCAUGGAACUGAAAACUGACACUUUUUCAACCGAACACCGCUGAAGCUGUCGACCUCCCUUCUCAAUCGACAGAAGUGUGCGAACACCGGCCAUUCGGGAGAUGUAAAGACACGAAUGGACUUACCCCAGAUAGCCGUCCCAUGGAGUCAAUCGCAUACCGAAGAACUGUAACAGACUUUGACUCCAUGGCGAUUGAACUGUGCGUAUGGGAUCUGAUCGCUAUUCGCCAAUAAUAUGCACUCAGAUCCAGGCUAUCUGGGGAUGUGUUACACGAAUGUUAUAUGUUCGGCAGUUAUAAAGUUAUAUAUUUUUAUGUGUUUUGUGACUUGUAUUUAAAAUGGCGAUUUGCCUCUGCUCUGGGAGAUAAUUGAAUUACUUCUCAAUUAUCUCCCAAGCAGAGGGGAGGAAACUGUGAUGUAUGCUGGGAAUAUUGUGGGAUUGUAUGUCUGAAAUGUCCCCAUUUCCAUCUGCUAUUCCAGUCUCCCAUUUGGUCCCCUAGGGGAGUGUCCACCAAGUGGGAGACCUGCAUAAAUACGGGCAGGUAGCCCACAGUAAACUCCGUUCGUGUUUUACCCUCAAAGCGGAGCUUGGUCUCGUUAUUGGGGGGGAUUUUAUUACCGGUGACUAGAGACUGCUCUUUGGAAUUAUUUGCCGCUUGGAAGAUAUUGGCGUUCGGCUGAUAUUGGCAGUUCGUGAACUUGUGGCUCGUGAAGGGAAGGAGCCGUACGGGUACCGUUCGGGAGUUUGGAGUGUUCCCUGGCUGGCGGUUCGCAUGGUUGUAUUGCAUACGCUACCAGAUAACAUAAGAUAACUAAACGGUGGUUUGUACAUUUAUUACUGAAGGUACCGUAAUACUGACUUUAUCAUUUUGCAAGUAUACUCAUCCACCCUGAAUCUAAAGUUCUGUUUUCCAACCAAAGCGGCUGAUCCCCCUCAAUUGUUACUUUUACCUUUUUUACUUUAUCCUUUAUAUUCCUGUUUAGUUUUAACUAAUUGUUUCCCCAUUUAUUGUAUUCCUGUUUUGCGGCAUAUUGCCUAAACGUCUAUUUUCUUACUCACCUGUAAUUCUGUUUUCCCCUUUUUAUCUUUAUCAUCCCUUUUCUGUUUCUUGUUAUUCAUAUUGUUUCCGGAACCAUGCAAAAUAAUUCAAAUAAACUACCUGAAGUAAACCCCAGCAUAAGUCUCUUGUCUGACCUGAUCAGAUCCAUGACCUCAUGUUCUACUAACGAGAGAAAUGUCAGGAAUUCAAAGACAGCCUAGCUGAAGUGGAAGCAUAAUCAGCUUGGAGAGCUUCAAGAGUUUGCAUGAUGUAGUUGUGGUGCCGAAAGGGUUAAAGUUCACUAUUUGUCUGCACUAGCCCAUAAAUAAUGAAACAAAUCCCUCUUAACACCACCCACACUUAAACAUAAUAAUAAUAAUAUAAUUAUUAUUAUUUUAACGCUGCCACCACCAAGAUAAUUUAUAAAUGGGGUGCCUUGGUCCCCCAGGUAAAUCAAUAAUAAAACCCACCAAAUAUUACUUAGCACAAUAUUUAAGGAAUUAUAAAAAUACUAACUAGUCUCUUCAGGUAACGUGAUUCUUAACCAGACAAAGGCAAAACUUAAUAAAUGAAUGUUUAUUAUGAGUAAAAGAUAGUCACAGUGCAUAUAAAAAUAUAUGAUAAACAAAUUAUUUACACCAACAACAGGUAAAAACAAAAGGGAUAAAAUACAGAAGUCCUAAUUACUCACUUAGGUUUUCAAAGUACAACUUCUGUCCAGGGGGUCUCUGGCAAGGAAAGAUGGUGACUCACUCAAAAUUAGAUCUUGGCCCCAAGCAAGUACACCAACACCCCUCCAAAUCAUUGGAUAUAUACCCUGUGGAUUAUCAAGUCUCGCCCAGGGGUGGAGUUAAGGCGUACCUGUAGAAAUAAUAAGUGACCACCUCCUUUGUUCCAGACCAACCUCAAUCCAAAUGGAAACAUUUGGCUCUACCUUCUCUUAUGUAAAUGCCACAGAAAUAAUAAUUGCAUCUAUGAAUUUGUUAUUAUUUUCCCAAACCAAUGUAACAUUCCUUACUCACGAUCCAACAUGGCGAACAUCCCAAUUCCCUCCCCCAUGGUCUAGCCAUGCCACUCAUGUUUGGACUUGUUUAGAAGAUGGCGCUUGUCACUUUCCAAAUGUAACAAAAAUGAGGCUUAAUUAUUCUUCUGUGUGGUAAAUAUGAAUGUUUUUUCCUUCCUUUGGAUAUGAUACUGGCACAAGGCUAAUGUCUAUUAUCAUAUCAAAAGAGAUUGCCUCAUCAAUUACAAGGUACAUGCCAAAUUGACAAAGAGACAUUCAGACUUUUUCCAAGUUUAGAACCUCAUACCUUGCAGAGCAUUGAUAAAUUCGCAUCCAUAUGGUAAAAUCCUUUUCUCAUCCUUUCAAACUACCCCCUUCUACCCCUGCUAAAUAAAGAUAUAACAAAAGAGGAAGUAAUGGAAAUAAUAAAUAAUUUAGCCAGCUUUAAAACUCCAGGACCAGAUGGUUUUAGUAAUAUGUUUUAUAAAGUUUUGAAAAGCAUAAUAGCGGAACCAUUAACUAGAACUUUUAAUGAAGCCAUAAAAAAGAAUCGUAUCCACAAGAGAUGUUAAGAGCAAAUAUUGUUCCAAUAUUAAAACCAGGAAAAAUACCAACAGAUGUGAAAAGUUAUAGACGAUCUCUUUAAUAAAUGUUGAUGUUAAGAUUUUCGCUUCAAUCAUAGCAAAGAGACUAAAAAUAGUUCUGUCUGAAAUUAUUAACUCAGGCCAGGUCGGUUUUGUUCUGGGGAGAAAUGCAGGAAAUAAUAUAAGAAGACUGAUAGACUCAAUUGAUCUGUCUGAUAAGAGUGAGAGUCCCCUUCUGAUCCUGUCAUUAGAUGCAGAGAAAGCGUUUGACAGGGUCAGUUGGGGAUUCAUGUUCAAGGCUCUGAAGGCCUUCAAUAUAUCGGGACGGAUAUUGGAAGCGAAAGGGGCUUUGUAUAAGAAACCUGCAGCAAGGUCCAUAGGUCAGAAUAUAUGCUCAGACCGGUUUGAGCUGGGAAACGGAACCAGACAAGGGUGCCCUCUGUCGCCAAUUUUAUAUAUCCUUACAGUAUAAAUAUUUGCAUCAAAAAUAAGACAAAACAGGUUAAUGACGGGCCUUCCUACUACUAAGGGAGACCUAAAGAUUUCAUUGUAAGCAGAUGACACCCUUCUAUAUAUAGCAGAACCAGAAGAAUCAUGGAUUCAAGUAAUGGCAGAAAUUGACCAAUAUAGCAUGGUAUCAAAUUAUAAAUUAAAUUUGGAUAAGUCUAUAGCAAUGUACAAAAAUAUAGAUUCGGAUAUAAUAAAAAAAACUCCAAGAUAAAUAUAAGUUUUUUCAAUCAGCUGAAAUUAUUUAUUUGGGAAUUGGAAUAAAUAAAACCCCAGAAAGGUUAAUGGAAACAAAUUUUUUACAUCUUUUGAAAAACACUAACAAAGAUCUAAAGGAGUGGCGCCAAUUAGAUAUAUCAUGGUGGGGUAGAGUGAAUACUCUGAGGUCAUACGUUCUCCCAAAGUGGAUCUAUCUCUUCAGGAUGAUACCACUAAUAAUCCCCAUACCAUGGUUAAAAAUGAUAAAGUCUUCUUUUGCUAAUUUUGUAUGGAGGGGUAAAAAGCCUAGAAUAAAAUCAGAAAUAUUAAGUUGUAAUAUAAAUAAAGCAGAGUAGGCUUUCCAGAUAUAGAGAAAUAUUAUGAAGCUGGGAUAAUCGCCCAUACCGCAAUGCUACAGAAAGAGGGAUGGUAUUGGAUAGAAUCAGAUCUUUGCCAUACUAAAAACCUAACCGAUGUAGUAUGGUGUAGUAAAGUCUGUGACUACUCAUCAUCAUUUGUAAUGAAACAAUUAAUACCUACAUGGGAAAAAAAAUAAAGAAGAAAUUAGAAAUUAAAAAUAAGAUGUUAGGUUUUCAAAGCAUAGAUUGCAUUAAAUUAGAUAUACACAAUAUCUCUUUAAAAAAAAAUGGAAAGAAGUAAAUAUUAUACACAUCGAAAAUCUAAUAAUGAAUAAUAAAAUGAAAGACUUUCAAACAUUAACAAGGUUAAUGUCCCUGCCAACUAAGGAGGCUUUUACAUAUUUAAGAGUCAAAAACUAUCUGAAGAAUCAAACACCUCUGUUGAAUGGAGAUAUAUAUAAUUCACUGAAACUGAUACUCGAUAAGAAGGAAACAAAAAAACUAUUCUCCAGGUGUUUUAAACUAAUAGACACGAGAAAAUCAGAUAAACAACCGUCGGCAAUUAAAAGUUGGGAACAAACCUUAGAGUUACAUAUAGAGAUAGAAGAAUGGUUUGAGGCAUUGGCCAAGACAAAUAAAUAUGUGCAUAACCUUUUAUUACUGGAGACACACUACAAGGUGAUUAAUAAAUGGUAUUUAGUUCCCUCUACAAUGACUAGAAUUUCACAAGAUAAUAGCGAAUUAUGUUGGACAUGUGGUGAAUUAAAGGGUGAUUACCUCCACAUAUGGUGGAAUUGUAAAAUAGUGACUCCUCUAUGGCGACUGGUUAAAGCAUUAUUGUACAAAUUAAUAGAUAGAAACUUAGAUAACAGACCAGAACUUAUGGUGCUGCACUUAAGAUGGCCAAGCCUGACCAGAAUGAAACAGGCGAUGAUGAUACAUUGCCUAAUAGCGGCAAAACUCAUAAUAGCCAGAAAUUGGAAGAAGACACAGUUAUUCACCAACAUACAGCUUAUUGAACAAGUGCAAUACCAGAUACGAAUGGAAUGGGGGGUGAUUCAAAUUAAAACCCAAAAUAAGGACCAGGAAACAUGGGGCAAAUGGCUAAAAAUAUUAGAGCAAGAAGAACUGGCACAAUUAUCUAAAUGUAACAAAAAUUAAAGAGAAAUUAGAUUGAAAGAAGUGCAGCUAUUUCCCAUCUUUAAUGGAAGGAUUACUAGGGGCCCUACUGUACAGAAAGAUGCGAAUGGAGGUAUGAAUGGUGUAAAUGUUGUCUGUCUUUUUCUUUUUGUUGUGUUUUUGGUUAGCUCUCCUCUUCCGAUUUCCUUCUUUCUCUGGUUAAGGAUAUCCCUUUGUUAGAAGCAUUAAUAAACAUGAUGCCCUUUUAGGGGAAAUGAAGGUAGUUUUUAAUAAAUAAAGUAAGUAUAGGGAAGGGAGGAGAGAUCAAAAUAUUUAUGAUGACUAAUUUAUCAGCCAUAAACAAUGCAGUAUGUGAAAUUCUUAAGAGGUUGAUAUAGUCUGAAAUAUAUAUAAAAAAAACAUAAAAAAACUAUUCCUUCUGUCAUCUGACCUCGGUAGGGGGAGGUGGGGGGGGGGGGGCAGAUCGAACCUCUUUUGGCCUCCAUACAGUGAAAUGAACCCCUUUUGACACUGACAAUUCCGUCUCUGCCAGGCCAGGAGGUCCUUAAUGCACUGCACAAAUUACAUUAAAGGACAGUAUUUCACAGUGCAAUAAUAAAUGACGCACCCUUGCCGUGACAUUGCCUACUUUGGUCUCAAAUAUAAAAUUCACUUCAAGUUCCUGUCAGUUCAUACUUUGGUAAAUAGGAGAUGUGUUGCAGGACUAAUGGGACAGUCGUAAGCUGUGAGAUACAGUAUUCAUAGGACAAAUAACUGAGGGUGUUUUUAAGUGGUGUGGCACUGUGUACAGUCAUGGUAUAUGAAUCUGGACGUUACUGAUUAACAAAGGAUGCUGGCGCAGGAUUUAAUUGGAGGUUCCUGUCUCUUAAUCUGCAAGGAAGUCAUUUCCUUCCUCUCUGUUUAACACAAAUUCCAUACGUUACUGAAAUAACUACUUACCCCUAAAGAACAGACACUCAGCUUGUCCCUCUAACAUGGUGACUCUUACAUCUGUUUAUAUUAUUAAUAAUUCCAGACUCCAUUUGGUUGGAUUAUUAAUUUGCGUUAUAGUUAUAAUGGUGUCGAUUCACUCGAUCGCGUGUUGUGAUGACCCACUUCUAUAAUUCAGAUUAACACCUCCUUUGGCAGAAUUAUACAUACUUGCUGUUUAGUGAAUAGACUCUAGAAUUGUAACCAGGUAUAUAAUCCUUAGAAAAGAAUUUCCUACAAAACAGAUUUACAGUAUGUUUUUAGAUAGUUACAAAUGUAAUACUGUGAUCAUUUUUCUUUCAGUUGCUUCUGCGUACUGGAAGGGGAAUCCCUCCUCUCUCCAAGAACGAAAAUGGUGAAAAAUACAACAGCCCCAACAGUUACCACAACAUUUAGUUUUACUACAGCUGAACCGGAAUCCUGGAUAGAAAGUCUACUGAACAAAAUCCCACGUGAGUACUUUAACGGAUGCGUGAAGUGGUGGUGGUACCACAGACUGACAGAGAAUGUAGGUCAUUAAAAUGACAUGGUGACAAAGGCCACACUUGGGACCUAAUCACAAUUAGAGAACUGUGGGAAAGUAGAUCUGGAGAAGCACAGUGCCCUAACAUUUACCAUUUACUGAGUAAUUAAGUAAACAUUGAGUGUGCCUUGAGUGUACAUUGAGUGUGCCUUGAGUGUACAUUGGGUGUGCAUUCGGUAUACAUUGGGUAUGCAUUCGGUAUACAUUGGGUGUGCAUUCGGUAUACGUUGGGUAUGCAUUCGGUAUACGUUGGGUAUGCAUUCGGUAUACGUUGGGUGUGCAUUCGGUAUACGUUGGGUGUGCAUUCGGUAUACGUUGGGUAUGCAUUGAGUAUACGUUGGGUAUGCAUUGAGUAUACGUUGGGUGUGCAUUGAGUAUACGUUGGGUGUGCAUUGAGUAUACGUUGGGUGUGCAUUGAGUAUACAUUGGGUGUGCAUUGUGGAUACAUUGAGUGUGCAUUGAGUGUGCAUUAAAUAUACAUUGAAUAUGCAUUGAGUUUACAUUGAGUAUACGUUGGGUGUGCAUUGAGUGUACGUUGGGUAUGCAUUGAGGAUACAUUGAGUGUGCAUUAAAUAUACAUUGAAUAUGCAUUGAGUUUACAUUGAGUAUACGUUGAGUGACCAGUUUUGCAUGUAUUCUCACAAGAAAUGUUGUAUUCUGUAAAACAUCUUUGCUUUAAAUCUUUCUGUGUGCUUGAGUCUUCAUUCAGUUUAGGGAGCAGAUACAGCAGACAGGGUGAGGGGUUUUCCAUAUAAAAGCUAACUGUCCAUAUAAUGACAUGAUUCAGUGACCGGUUUAAAAUUAAUAUUUCAUUGGUUUGGGCAAUAGUCACAGUAUAACAUUGCAAGUUGGACAUCAGUAGCAGAUUUUGUUGUUAAUGAUUGUAGUGAAUCCUUUCGUAUUAAUGUAUACCUCCCAAGUGUCCUUGUUUAGGAUGUACAGCCCCUAUUUUCUGCUCUGUUCUAGGAGCUUCAUAUUGUUGGUGUGUGAUUGUACAGCAGAGCUCCACGGCAAAAAUACUCCCAGUAAUGUGUCUGAGUGUAUAACAGAGCUCCACAGCAAUAAUACUCCCAGUAAUGAGUCUGAGUGUAUAACAGAGCUCCACAGCAAUAAUACUCCCAGUAAUGUGUCUAAGUGUAUAACAGAGCCCCACAGCAAUAAUACUCCCAGUAAUGUGUCUGAGUGUAUAACAGAGCUCCACCGCAAUAAUACUCCCAGUAAUGGGUCUGAAUGUAUAACAGAGCUCCACAGCAAUAAUACUCCCAGUAAUGUGUCUGAGUGUAUAACAGAGCUCCACAGCAAUAAUACUCCCAGUAAUGUGUCUGAGUGUAUAACAGAGCUCCACAGCAAUAAUACUCCCAGUAAUGUGUCUGAGUGUAUAACAGAGCUCCACAGCAAUAAUACUCCCAGUAAUGUGUCUGAGUGUAUAACAGAGCUCCACAGCAAUAAUACUCCCAGUAAUGUGUCUGAGUGUAUAACUGAGCUCCACAGCAAUAAUACUCCCAGUAAUGUGUCUGAGUGUAUAACAGAGCUCCACAGCAAUAAUACUCCCAGUAAUGUGUGAGUGUAUAACAGAGCUCCACAGAAUAAUACUGCCAGUAAUGUGUCUGAGUGUAUAACAGAGCUCCACAGCAAUAAUACUCCCAGUAAUGUGUCUGAGUGUAUAACAGAGCUCCACAGCAAUAAUACUCCCAGUAAUGUGUCUGAGUGUAUAACAGAGCUCCACAGCAAUAAUACUCCCAGUAAUGUGUCUGAGUGUAUAACAGAGCUCCACAGAAAUAAUACUCCCAGUAAUGUGUCUGAGUGUAUAACAGAGCUCCACAGCAAUAAUACUCCCAGUAAUGUGUCUGAGUGUAUAACAGAGCUCCACAGCAAUAAUACUCCCAGUAAUGUGUCUGAGUGUAUAACAGAGCUCCACAGCAAUAAUACUCCCAGUAAUGUGUCUGAGUGUAUAACAGAGCUCCACAGCAAUAAUACUCCCAGUAAUGAGUCUGAGUGUAUAACAGAGCUCCACAGCAAUAAUACUCCCAGUAAUGUGUCUGAGUGUAUAACAGAGCUCCACAGCAAUAAUACUCCCAGUAAUGUGUCUGAGUGUAUAACAGAGCUCCACAGCAAUAAUACUCCCAGUAAUGUGUCUGAGUGUAUAACAGAGCUCCACAGCAAUAAUACUCCCAGUAAUGUGUCUGAGUGUAUAACAGAGCUCCACAGCAAUAAUACUCCCAGUAAUGUGUCUGAGUGUAUAACAGAGCUCCACAGCAAUAAUACUCCCAGUAAUGUGUCUGAGUGUAUAACAGAGCUCCACAGCAAUAAUACUCCCAGUAAUGUGUCUGAGUGUAUAACAGAGCUCCACAGCAAUAAUACUCCCAGUAAUGUGUCUGAGUGUAUAACAGAGCUCCACAGCAAUAAUACUCCCAGUAAUGUGUCUGAGUGUAUAACAGAGCUCCACAUCAAUGAUACUCCCAGUAAUGUGUCUGAGUGUAUAACAGAGCCCCACAGCAACAAUACUCCCAGUAAUGUGUCUGAGUGUAUAACAGAGCUCCACAGCAAUAAUACUCCCAGUAAUGUGUCUGAGUGUAUAACAGAGCUCCACAGCAAUAAUACUCCCAGUAAUGUGUCUGAGUGUAUAACAGAGCUCCACAGCAAUAAUACUCCCAGUAAUGUGUUGAGUGUAAAACAGAGCUCCACAGCAAUAAUACUCCCAGUAAUGUGUCUGAGUGUAUAACAGAGCUCCACAGCAAUAAUACUCCCAGUAAUGUGUCUUUAAACUGCAAUAAAUGUGUUUUAAAAUCAGUCUGUGUAUAUAAGAUACAAUGUUCUUGUUAUAAAUUACACUUUAGUUCUAUAAAUUUCUAUUAGUAAGUCACCUAACAUUUCUUAGUACAGUUUUGCCUCUGGCCACACCCAGACUCCUUCCCUAAAAUUAAAGGGUCCUUCUUUGUCCAUCUGAAAUGCUGGAAGGCAUGUUACUGUCUGCUGACCAUAUCUUCAUAUUUGGGGUUUAUUCACUAAACUCUGAAUAUUAUUAAAAGGAAACUCAAUUGCAAAAUUUAGGCAACAAAAGCGGAUUUGGAAAAAAAAUCUCCAACGUCAGCUAGAGUAAUAAUGUUAAACCAUCGCAAUUCAGUGUUUUUGUUUUUUUUGUAAUAAACCUCAUAGUGUUUGUAAAUAUUAAUACUUUAUUAGCAUGACAGAAUUGAACAGAUUAAAGCUGCAAAAUAUGGGUCUUCUAAAAUCCGAUCAGUGCUGUUAAAGGAGAGCCAUGCGCCACCUGGUGGGAACAAUGAGUCAUAGACAAAUACUGCAUCAAUUUUACAAUAUUUUGAAGCAUUUUGGGCAAAAAAACUAACAAACUAUAUUCUAAACUGACUGCAAAAGUAAAUUGACGAGAUAGCAGAUAAAGCUAAUUAUUUUUAGAUGGAUAUAAUCCUUGGUUUCACAUAGCAGUACAGUGUUCAGCAUUAAACUGCAACUUGUAGCCAAUAGAAACCCAAGCGAAAUUGAGGGCAGAAUUGUCCAGCUGUGGUUAUAGUCAAGUUGGAGAAUUUUUUCAAAGUAGCUUUUAUAUUGAAGUUUGUGUUUCAGAUUUCAUUGGAUUUAUUGAAUUUAUUGAAUAACUCUGCUAAUGUUUACAGGAGCUGACAGUCUGUGCUAUAUUUACUAAAAAAGAAAAUAAUUGUAAUAGAUUGAAAAUUGAAUAUAGGAGAAAUUCUUCAACUCCACUAUUAGUAACAGCUCUCUUACUAUUCAUUUUGUUAUUCACUUUGGAAUUCGCUUAAAUUUGCUAAAAUUUGGACUUUAGUGAAAAACCCUUUAUAAUCACUAUGUUGCUUUUCUUUAAAUUAAAGAUCACUUGCAUUGACUUUGUCUUGUAAACUCCCAGUGAGCUGUCUAAUCCCCUUCAUCUUAGAUGACGAUGUUGUACAUUUACAUAAAACAGUGACUGUACAUUUGCUUUUAUUUUCUAUUCAUAGCAACUGUGGCUAAUUUUACUAAGUGGUCGGAUUGUUAAAGUUUAUCAAGGGAUUGACUAUAAUGAAUGUUCAAGACGUCACAAUCUUGUCACUGUUCUUUCUUACCAUAUCCUGGAGAUAUCAUUAUCCUAAAACGUUACUCUUUCCACUUUCUAACCUGCCCAAACCAGUGCCGGUCAGUUUUGUAAUGGUGAAUGGAAAUGUCAUAAAGAAUUACAAAAUACUGUCAAAAAGAAUAUGUACGAUUCUCUGUACAAUCUACUAAAUACAUGGAGAACUAGCUGAGCCAAUAAGAAAAUAAAUAUAACAUAUUGUGAUACAGCCUGUAACUAAAUAAAACAUAACACAGUGUGAUACAGCCUGUAACUAAAUAAAUCAUAACACAGUGUGAUACAGCCUGUAACUAAAUAAAUCAUAACACAGUGUGAUACAGCCUGUAACUAAAUAAAUCAUAACACAGUGUGAUACAGCCUGUAACUAAAUAAAUCAUAACACAGUGUGAUACAGCCUGUAACUAAAUAAAUCAUAACACAGUGUGAUACAGCCUGUAACUAAAUAAAUCAUAACACAGUGUGAUACAGCCUGUAACUAAAUAAAUCAUAACACAGUGUGACACAGCCUGUAACUAAAUAAAUCAUAACACAGUGUGACACAGCCUGUAACUAAAUAAAUCAUAACACAGCGUGAUACAGCCUGUAACUAAAUAAAUCAUAACACAGUGUGAUACAGCCUGUAACUAAAUAAAUCAUAACACAGAGUGAUACAGCCUGUAACUAAAUAAAUCAUAACACAGUGUGAUACAGCCUGUAACUAAAUAAAUCAUAACACAGUGUGAUACAGCCUGUAACUAAAUAAAUCAUAACACAGCGUGAUACAGCCUGUAACUAAAUAAAUCAUAACACAGUGUGACACAGCCUGUAACUAAAUAAAUCAUAACACAGUGUGAUACAGCCUGUAACUAAAUAAAUCAUAACACAGCGUGAUACAGCCUGUAACUAAAUAAAUCAUAACACAGUGUGAUACAGCCUGUAACUAAAUAAAUCAUAACACAGUGUGAUACAGCCUGUAACUAAAUAAAUCAUAACACAGUGUGAUACAGCCUGUAACUAAAUAAAUCAUAACACAGUGUGAUACAGCCUGUAACUAAAUAAAUCAUAACACAGUGUGACACAGCCUGUAACUAAAUAAAUCAUAACACAGUGUGACACAGCCUGUAACUAAAUAAAUCAUAACACAGUGUGAUACAGCCUGUAACUAAAUAAAUCAUAACACAGUGUGAUACAGCCUGUAACUAAAUAAAUCAUAACACAGCGUGAUACAGCCUGUAACUAAAUAAAUCAUAACACAGUGUGAUACAGCCUGUAACUAAAUAAAUCAUAACACAGCGUGAUACAGCCUGUAACUAAAUAAAUCAUAACACAGUGUGAUACAGCCUGUAACUAAAUAAAUCAUAACACAGUGUGAUACAGCCUGUAACUAAAUAAAUCAUAACACAGUGUGAUACAGCCUGUAACUAAAUAAAUCAUAACACAGCGUGAUACAGCCUGUAACUAAAUAAAUCAUAACACAGUGUGAUACAGCCUGUAACUAAAUAAAUCAUAACACAGUGUGAUACAGCCUGUAACUAAAUAAAUCAUAACACAGCGUGACACAGCCUGUAACUAAAUAAAUCAUAACACAGCGUGACACAGCCUGUAACUAAAUAAAUCAUAACACAGCGUGAUACAGCCUGUAACUAAAUAAAUCAUAACACAGUGUGAUACAACCUGUAACUAAAUAAAUCAUAACACAGUGUGACACAGCCUGUAACUAAAUAAAUCAUAACACAGCGUGAUACAGCCUGUAACUAAAUAAAUCAUAACACAGUGUGAUACAGCCUGUAACUAAAUAAAUCAUAACACAGUGUGACACAGCCUGUAACUAAAUAAAUCAUAACACAGUGUGACACAGCCUGUAACUAAAUAAAUCAUAACACAGUGUGAUACAGCCUGUAACUAAAUAAAACAUAACACAGUGUGACACAGCCUGUAACUAAAUACAUCAUAACACAGUGUGAUACAGCCUGUAACUAAAUAAAUCAUAACACAGUGUGAUACAGCCUGUAACUAAAUAAAUCAUAACACAGCGUGAUACAGCCUGUAACUAAAUAAAUCAUAACACAGUGUGACACAGCCUGUAACUAAAUAAAACAUAACACAGUGUGAUACAGUUGAUAUACAAAGUGCAGUGCUUGAUUUAUUAGACCUCACAAGAUUAAGUUAUAUAUAUGCAUUCAUGGUGCCUCCCCCGAUAUCUGGGGGCCUACAAAUGCUUCUCGGCAAUUAUGAUGGUGAUAUAGUUAAUAGAUGGGAGCUCCAGCAGGAUAACAGGUAGAAAAGUGGUUUUAUUUAAAUAAUUUAAAAAAAAGCAAUGGUCCCAUGAGUUUCUUCCCAAUUUGGGACUUCCACAGGGACUAAUAUUUAAAACACUAUUUAAAAUCUAAUGUAAUGAUUGUUCAUUUUACGUUUGUUUUCAGAUAUUGAGCAUGGUAAAGUGAUGUGCAAAGUUUUAUUGGUGUGGAGCUCUGUGAUGCACUUUAGUUUUCUCAUACUUUACGUGAUGGGUAUUUUUUUACAUACGUCUUACAAGUCUCUAUAGGAACACGUGAUGUAAAACUCGCAUUGACUAAAAAAAAGCAGUAAAAACACAAUACUAAGGGGGUUGGGGUGACACCAUUGUAGCGGAACGCCAAUAUUAAAUCCACAAAUUCCACUGGUUCAGGAAGUAAUCCACAGUCAAGCGCUGGAAAAAGCAAGGCAAUAUCCCAAAUCUCCCAGUAACCGGACGACAGUCACAGUUCUGAGAGUCAACUGAGGUCUUUAUUUUCAGCUCCACAAUUUAUACAAGUCCCCAUGCAAGGGGUUUCCUGAGUCCCAUCCCAGGGGCAUUCCCAGAGGGGACUACAUGGGGAACUUACUGUACAGGGCAUUUCUCCCAUCAGGCACUGCUGCACGAGAGGGAUCCUCCCACAGGAAUGUACCGUUAAGUGGAUUAUCCCUCCGUGCAGCAGAAACGACAAUUUACAUUAAAAUCCAUAACUUUUCGAAUAUGCAGUUCAUUUAAAUGAAUGGAUGUUCGGUAAAUAGCUGGGGUCUGAGCGCAUCAUUCGUGAGAUUACCGCUCAGAUCCCAGCUAAACCAACCGAACGCCGCACGAAAAACAUUCAUUAAAAUACAUGUUCAAAAUACCGAUUGCCUCCCAGGGAACAAAAUACCGAACGGCCCAGAACUCCCGAACGGCCUGGAAGCUCAGCGGUGUUCACGCCGUCGAGUAGCCGUUUUUAGUACCAUACGCUCAACGACCAAACACCGCUGAGGGAACAAAGGAUCCAGGAUGGCCAACCGCCGCAUGGUCGGUAGUCGAACGGCGGCCACCUGGGAGAGCCUCUAAUUACCGAUUGCAACAUUGUUGCAAUCGGUUAACAAGUGCCACACGCCUCUAAGUGUGUGGGCUACUACAUGGGGUAUUUUCGUUUCACGAACGGCCCGCAAAAGUGCCGUUCGUGAAACGAAAGAAAAUACAGUACAUACAGCUAUCUGCAUUCGGCAGAUAGCCAAUACGGCAAAUACACGUUAAUUACAACCAGCAUCCAUUCUACAUAGUUAAGCACAUAUCCCACAACCAUGCAGGCAACCCUUGAAGGCACAGUCUCUUUAUAUUGUCCAAGUGGCUAUGUUUGCCACAACCAUUAGUUAGCACAUUGGGUGACACCAACCCUAGUGAUGUCACUGUGUAUCAAUUUCUAAAAGUCUACAAAAAUAGAGAGGGGUUUGGAAGGUGAAUCAAGGGAAGGUCGCAGGGCAGUGAAGGGGUUACUUAGCCUGACACCUCCAAGCACCGAUAACGAAUUUAUUUCACUAAAACUUCGGGUGGCUGCGGGUGGCUGAGGUCCCGGGCAAACUACGGCAGGUAUAUCGGUAAUAGCACAUAGAAUUAUGCUGAUCUUCGGUUAGUUUGCAGGAGAUCUCUGCUAGAUACUCACCUAAUCUAUGCUGCUCUUCAUUUGUUCAUUGUUUGCGAGUAUUUCCCACAUUCUGGUGGGUUUUUUUGAUUUAUCUUUUUUAUUUUACUCACGUUCCCAACCACACACUUGGGUUUAUUUUGGUAAAUGUGUGUAUUUGUCUUCCACUCACUUUUUAAAUAUUAAAUUAUUAAAAAAGUUACGUUUUAGGACUCUUUCUUGUUACAGGACAACGCUCUGUUUUUUUAAUUUAUAAAUGUGGAGCAAUCACCAGGAACAUUUUAUUGUACACUGUCCUAUAGUGAGUCGUUAUUCUCAUAUAUUUACCCCUGUUAUAUCAGCCCAUAUCUUUAUAUCACACAGUGUGAUCAUUUGCUGCCCCAUAGUGAGCUGUUAUAUCAGCCCAUAUCUUUAUAUCACACAGUGUGAUCAUUUGCUACCCCAUAGUGAGCUGUUAUAUCAGCCCAUAUCUUUAUAUCACACAGUGUGAUCAUUUGCAGCCCCAUAGUGAGCUGUUAUAUCAGCCCAUAUCUUUAUAUCACACAGUGUGAUCAUUUGCUGCCCCAUAGUGAGCUGUUAUAUCAGACCAUAUCUUUAUAUCACACAGUGUGAUCAUUUGCUGCCCCAUAGUGAGCUGUUAUAUCAGCCCAUAUCUUUAUAUCACACAGUGUGAUCAUUUGCUGCCCCAUAGUGAGCUGUUAUAUCAGACCAUAUCUUUAUAUCACACCGUGUGAUCAUUUGCAGCCCCAUAGUGAGCUGUUAUAUCAGACCAUAUCUUUCUAUCACUCUGUGUGAUCAUUUGCUGCCCCAUAGUGAGCUGUUAUAUCAGCCCAUAUCUUUCUAUCACACAGUGUGAUCAUUUGCAGCCCCAUAGUGAGCUGUUAUAUCAGCCCAUAUCUUUAUAUCACACAGUGUGAUCAUUUGCUGCCCCAUAGUGAGCUGCUAUAUCAGACCAUAUCUUUAUAUCACACAGUGUGAUCAUUUGCUGCCCCAUAGUGAGCUGUUAUAUCAUCCCAUAUCUUUAUAUCACACAGUGUGAUCAUUUGCAGCCCCAUAGUGAGCUGUUAUAUCAGCCCAUAUCUUUAUAUCACACAGUGUGAUCAUUUGCAGACCCAUAGUGAGCUGUUAUAUCAGCCCAUAUCUUUCUAUCACACAGUGUGAUCAUUUGCUGCCCCAUAGUGAGCUGUUAUAUCAGCCCAUAUCUUUAUAUCACACAGUGUGAUCAUUUGCUGCCCCAUAGUGAGCUGUUAUAUCAGACCAUAUCUUUAUAUCACACAGUGUGAUCAUUUGCAGCCCCAUAGUGAGCUGUUAUAUCAGCCCAUAUCUUUAUAUCACACAGUGUGAUCAUUUGCUGCCCCAUAGUGAGCUGUUAUAUCAGCCCAUAUCUUUCUAUCACUCUGUGUGAUCAUUUGCUGCCCCAUAGUGAGCUGUUAUAUCAGCCCAUAUCUUUAUAUCACACAGUGUGAUCAUUUGCAGCCCCAUAGUGAGCUGUUAUAUCAGCCCAUAUCUUUCUAUCACACAGUGUGAUCAUUUGCUGCCCCAUAGUGAGCUGUUAUAUCAGCCCAUAUCUUUAUAUCACACAGUGUGAUCAUUUGCUGCCCCAUAGUGAGCUGUUAUAUCAUCCCAUAUCUUUAUAUCACUCUGUGUGAUCAUUUGCUGCCCCAUAGUGAGCUGUUAUAUCAGCCCAUAUCUUUAUAUCACACAGUGUGAUCAUUUGCUGCCCCAUAGUGAGCUGUUAUAUCAGACCAUAUCUUUAUAUCACACAGUGUGAUCAUUUGCUGCCCCAUAGUGAGCUGUUAUAUCAGCCCAUAUCUUUAUAUCACACAGUGUGAUCAUUUGCAGCCCCAUAGUGAGCUGUUAUAUCAGCCCAUAUCUUUAUAUCACACAGUGUGAUCAUUUGCUGCCCCAUAGUGAGCUGUUAUAUCAGACCAUAUCUUUAUAUCACACAGUGUGAUCAUUUGCAGCCCCAUAGUGAGCUGUUAUAUCAGACCAUAUCUUUCUAUCACACAGUGUGAUCAUUUGCUGUUGUGCCCAUGAUUAUCUUUGCUCACUGUCUCCUUUGUGUUUCCCCCCGACCAUUGUUUCUAUGCCAGUGCCGCGAUGGGCCAUAUACGCCUUAGCCGGUGUGGCUCUUUUCUUGCUCCUCCUGAUUUUCAUCUGCUGUCUUUGUUGCUGCUGUAAACGGAAGAACAAACAAAAAAAGAAAGAGAAGAUUAAUCUCGGCAGCGUGAAGGGCAGCGUCACAACCAGUCUGGUGAGUAUCCCAAUAAUCCCAAUAAAUGUCAGUUAUGCCAGUCACUGCCAUGGUGGAUCCAGCCUGGGCUGCAUGUGCGGUCAGCCAGAUUCCAUGACUAGUAUUAAUACAUAGUAUUACCGGGCAUCUCAAAUGUAUCUGUCCCCAUAGAAUUAUUCUAGAAUAACUAUAUUGCCUUAAUAUGGGAUUUCAUUGGAUCUAAAUCAAGCACUGUAGAUUUUCACUCUGUAUAUUUAUUGGGAUAAGCACAUUUUCCUGUGCAUCCAGUGCUAACAUAUGACAUCAUCAGUGCUCUGGUGACAUUAUUAAACCUUUAUAUCAGGAACCAGCACUUACCCUGACUGUCUGCGUCAAUCCAUUGAUGGGAGCAAAUGGGUCUGUGGUAAUUAAAUAUUAAUUACACUUUUAUUAGCGAGAUCUCUAGAUUUCAAAACACGCAUUGUUGUAGAAAAAAGAGGUGAAGACCUUUACACCUCGCUGAUUGACCACUUGAUGUUUUUUAGGUUCAGCCAGAUAUAGAAGGAUUGGGUGGAUCAGCAGAAAAUGCCUAUCGGGGCCGCCUGCAGUACUCUCUGGAAUAUAACUUUCAGAGGGAGGAGGUAAGAACAAACUAAAUUGAAGUGAUUUCACUAUACAUAGUACAAGAACUGUGGCGAAACCAACCUCGCCACUAUGCACUGGAGAAGCCUGGUUGCCAGCCUCCUGCCAUCAUUUCAAUUUCAAGGUAUUCAGCAAACCUUUACUUGUGUACGAGUCCAUUUGCAAUUAGAUUUAUUUUCUUGCAAUAUGUCUAGAAUGAUUUGUAACUAUUAAUUUAUUUUCUGAUUUGUUUGAUUAUUUACUUUUAUGUUCAGCUAUAUUUAAUAUUUUACAUUUUUUAUGGUCCAGAGGUUAAAUAAUGAGUUGUGAGUCGUUUAAGCAGAUUGUUAACUUUGAGUCAGUUUCUUUUAUUCCAAGAUACAUGUAGCCAUACACAAAUACAUAUAUAUAGUAAUAAUCAAAAUUAUUCAACCCCUUUUAAAAAUCAGUUUUAUUGUCAAAAUGUCCAGACUUUCAGCAAUUAACAAAUCAAACAACAAUUGAAAUAGCUCAACACGAAUGCUCCAAGUGGUUUCCUCAAAUUCAACGGAAAAUGCAACGUAUAAAGACUUCUCAGUUUUCAAUGUUGAAUCAAUUUUUUUUGUCCAAUUAUUUUUUAUUAUAAUUUUACAGAAAACCAAUAAUAUGCAUUCAACAGCAUUUUGAUUACAACUGUACUAGUUUAAUAACAGCAAUUUGAAGAUGGAGUAGAUAAACAAUUGAUAGAAUUUUUGGAGAUGCCCACAUUUCGACCAUAUGUCAGUUUGGCAGAAGUUCGGUACUGAAAAACUGAAAUAGAACAGACAAACCAAAAGGGAGUAAAAAUUGGCCAGUCAGUGAACUGCUAAAUAUAUGCAAAAUGUAUACAUAAUAUCAUGUAUAUAUCUUGCAGUACACUGAUUGGAGAAUUUAUCUGAAUUUGGUUCACAGAUCGAGUGAGAAAAAUUAACCAAGAGCUGUAAAAAUAUAUAUAUACACGAGAAACAAAGGAGAUAGUCGUGAAAGCAGAGAGUUACCCAAUAUGGUUAAAACCUAAUUGUUUAUUGUCUAUUAAACGUUAACUACUCUGCUUUAAUAUGCAAAAUGAGGUUUUAAUGGGUAACCAUCUGGUUUCAGGAUUAGGUCCUAUGUUUCUCAAGCAUUCAUUCAGGGCUUACCAACUUUUCUUUGUCCUGAAAUUAUUUUGGGAUUAGCUCUAUUACACUUUUUUGUUUAGUAAAAAAAACUAUAUUUGCAAAUAUUCGGUUCCCAAAUUGGCUGAUGUCAGCAAACGAGGACCUAUUUAAUAAAUUUAAAAAAUGCUAUUACAGGUCUAGAAAGACUUGAGAGAUAUAACUUUGGCCAGGAAAACAUUCAUGGAGCAGUUUGGAAGGGACUGUAAUUUGCUAUGAUAUGCUACAUAGUUCUACAAUGACUUUUGGUAUGGAGAGAUGGUGUUGUUAGCACAAUCUUUGGAAGACAUAACUAAAUUAGUUUGGCAUUAGGAAAUCUGAUUCAUUUAUGAAAGAGAAGAUGGUUGUACAUUUCCAUGAUAACAGUCCAUGUAAGUUGACAUUGGAAAAUCUAUUCCUGCCUAUUAUCCUGUGAAGUCACUGUUGGAUCCAUGUUUGCACAGGUCACGGUGGUGUUGAAGCAAGCAGCAGCACUGAAAGCAAUGGACAGUGGGGGGACAUCAGAUCCAUAUGUCACAGUAUACCUGACUAACGACUCUCGCAAGAAGAAUGAGACUAAAGUACAUCGUAAGACACUCAACCCGGUCUUCAAUGAGGCUUUUACAUUUAAGGUACGUUGGGAUACAUAGACUACGCACAACUAUGAGUUGUCACAAAAAAAUUCUACAUGAAAUGAGAUGAGAAUUAUAUACUAAGUAAUGCUAAGAAAAUCUUGGAAUUGUAUAAAUUGUGCUUGUUACCAUUAAAUACUGUACAGCUUCUGCAUAACAAGGGCACAAGGCACUGGAGGAAAGUCCCCUCAAACAUACUGCUGUACCCCUGACAAUUGUAUGCAAAAAAAAUAAUAUGAAAACAUACACACAGUCUUUAACACAUAUACACAAUGCACUUAAACAUAUAGUUUAAUCUCUUACUCCACACAUAUCAAACUUGCGGCUCACUAAGAGUUUCUUUGUGGCCCAGCCAAUCAGUGGGCGCAACAAUCACUUCUCAGACUGACAAGUGAUUUGUGCGCCCGCCUAAGCCUGCGCUCCCGGCACAUUCCAGGCAGCAUGCCGCGCCAUAAGGGAACCGCACACACUGUACACUGAGAGGGGGAGCGCCUCCCCCUACCGCUCUGUGUAGGAGCAGCGUUUGUCACGUGACUACCCAGCACUCAGUCUGACAUCACGCACCACGCUAGACAACGCACGCCGCCAGAGACUGAGAUGCCCUCCUCUCCUGCUAUGUCAGGUGAGAAACAGCAGGGAAGGGGGCCAUCUAUCUACAGGGCGGAGCCAGCACUACCCUCACCUUGUACGAAUAGGGAAAGAGAUACUUUAAAUGAAUGGGUGGGGGAAGACAUGGAUGGAAGGGGGGGAAUGGAGAUUUGGAAGGGAGGGAGAGGUGUGGGGGGAGAGAUAUGGAAGGAGGAGAGAUGGGGAGAGAUAUGGAAGGAGGAGAGAUGGGGGGACAUGGAAGGAGGAGAGAUGGGGGGAGAUAUGGAAGGGAGGAGAUGCCGUGGGGGGAGAUAUGGAAGGGAGGGGGGAGAGAUAUGGAAGGGAGGAAGAGAUGUGGAAAGGGGGAAUGUGAGGGAGAGAUAUGGAAGGGAGGGAGACAUGAAUGGAAGGUAGGAGAGAAACAUGGAGGGAAACAGACAUAGAUGGAAGGGGGGAAGAAGAGACAUGGUGGAAAGGGGGGGUUGAAGCGAGUGGAGUGGAGUGUGCAGCUAUACCUUACUCUGCCUGGAGUAGUAGAGGGACUAGGCAGCGAGUGGACAGUGCGGCUACCUACCUGGCUGAGAAUGCAGUUUGCAGAAGGACUGAGGGAGUUGAGCAGACACUUCAGGCAGUGGCAUUACUACCGAGAUAGUAAGUAAUUUGCAGUGAAGGUUUUGAGUGAAUUUUAUAAAUUUACCCAAGAUUACAUAUUGUUUGCAUGGGUAUUAUACAAGUCAUUAUAGUUUGUGUUGGUCUAGGUCAAACUCUUUUUUUUUUUUUUUUUUUGCGGUCCACAUAAACUAAAGCCUUGUUGCGUUUGAUAUGCUUGUCGUACACACAUACACAAUAUCUCUCACUUAAACAUACAAUUUCAUCUCUUACAUACAUACACUAUAUCUCUCACACAUAGUUUAAUCUUUAACACACACACAUACACUAUAUCUCUCACUUACACAUCCAGUUUAAUCUUUAACACACAUACACUAUAUACUUACACAUCCAGUUUACAAAUACACAAUGCACUUACACAUACAGUUUAUUCUCUUACACACAUACACAAUAUCUCUCACUUACACAUACAGUUUAAAAUCUCACACAUGCACAAUAUCUCUCACUUACACAUACAGUUUAAAAUCUCACACAUGCACAAUAUAUCUCACUUACACAUGCCCAUGGAUCCUCUCUCACACAUACACGAAAAAACUAUACUGAUACACUGUGCUGUCCAGAUUGCAACGUUAGUGUGACAAACUCCCCUUUCCAAGUGAGUUCGAGUUCCUGGAGGAGCCUGCUUGCCAGCCUCCUGCCCACAGACUAUGGACCCUGUAAAAUGUGAUGUAAAAGUCUCCGUUCAUGUAUUUGGACUAUAUGGUUUGGGAACCGAACAGCCGCACAGACCGGAGACCACCCUGGAGCUUGUUAAGCCCAAUUGCUACUUUGUAACAAUUUCCACCUCAGUGUUCUAAGUGUUCAUCUGGGUGGCUGCAAUUCCUAUGGCCGACCACAAGGUGGCGGGCAUCUUGUUCGCAUGAACGCAGGCAACGGUGUUUGGUCGUCGAGGUCAUGGAACUAUUUUUGGAUACUGAAACUCCCGAACACCGCUUGACUUCCAGGAUUGCCUGCGUUCCGUUCGACAACACUUAGAAAGACACUGUUCGGUGGAAACAUUCCCACGAACAAGGGGAACAAGUUCCAGGGUAAGACUAUUGACUAUGUUCGGUAGCUUGUUCAUUUUUAAACUACCAAACUAAAAUGACUUCCAGGAAAUUCCUGAACCCAAAAGUACCCUAAAAAUACAUAAAAACCCCAUAAAAGGUAACUCAGAUCUGAGUGAUUUUUGGAUAUGUUGGUCACCCAGAUCAGGGCUACCAGUGGAUGUAACUUUUAUGGGGACUUUAUGUAUUUUUAUGGUACUUUUGGGGUGUUUGGGAAAAAGUGUGUUUUUUCUGUGCUUGGAGAUAAUUGGAUUAGAUUAGUACAGUUCCUGAUCCAAUUAUCUCCCAGGCACAGAGGAGGGUUUAUCUGAUUAUGUAUGGGAGUGUCCUGGAUCUGUGUGUGGUUGGUUUUUGGGUAGAUAGUGUUGAAUGGUGUGGAAAUAGAUAAUGAGGUAUGCUGUAAAAACAAAGGGAAAUAACAAAAACCUAGUGCAAUAUCAUAAGGUACAGUUAAAUGCUAAAUGUGUAAUCUUUAGUCUUGUACUCACAAGGAAAGAGACAAUAGUGUUAGGCUCAAUAUGAAUGCCUGUCUGAAUAUCUGAAGGGACCCCACUCCCUGUUUGUACACCUGCCGCUGGUUCGUCCUCUGGUUCUCUUAACAUAUCCUCUUAGGCUGUGAUAGAGUGGUAAAAAUCCUUUUAAUGGUAAAUAAAACACUUGGAUAAAACAGAAAUAAAAAUAAUAAUUAUAAAGUCUACGUGUCGGUAGCAAUACGCGUUUCGCCUCUCAAACAGGCUUUCUCAGUUGCUUAUAGUCUUCCCGGAUGAAUGGUUUCUUAUAUGCCGUCUAUGAUUGCAGAUUGAGAGCACCCGGUUUCUUCUCCUUCUAUUGCGUUUUGCCGGACAAGGUUCAGGAGUUCCACGCGGAAGAAAACACCAAACGCACACUCUUGUUGGUAGCGUUUGUUCGUAUGAACCAUACGAACAAACCUACCAAAUGGCACUCUUCUGACAUGUGUGGGGAAGAAGCAGGUGUUCGUCAAAGUUCAGCAGUGUUCGGGAGUUUCAGUGUCCGAUUUCAGUUCCACGCGAUCGAUGCCCAAACACCGCUUCCUGCAUUCUCACGAAAAAGAUGGCCACCAACACAGUUCCGACGCGUUUGUGCAUAUGAACGGCAGCCAUCCAGCAGCACAAUGAGAACACAUGACAAUUGAAGUGUCAGGAAAGGUUACCAGGGAUUAACAAGCACCGAGGUGGUCCGCAGUUCGUGAGUUGGUUCAAUUCCCGAACAGUACAUAUACAUCCCACGAACUAAGUAUUUCUACCAGCUUUUUCUAUGGCCCCCUUUUCUGGGCAGGAGGCUAGCCUUCACACUCCUCCAAGAGCCCAUGGCAAACGUGUAGGCAAGGGGGCGUUAGUCACAGGUCCUAAGGACUCCACAAACCAAAUAUGUCAAGAAGUAGUCCAUUCAUAUUUAAUGGACACUAGAGGCACCAAGAUCACUUAAUCUCAUUGAAGUGGUCUGAAUGCAGUAUUCCUGUUCCCUGAACCCUUUCAGUUUUAAAUAAACAACAAUGUUUACAUUGCAGGGUUAAGGCUCACCAGACAGCCAUUAGAGGUGCUUCCUUCAAUUUCACAGAGUUUUCUUUACAUGAGCUCAGCUAGCAUCAAACAAAACCCCAUAGGAAACCACUGAGUCAAUGAUUUCCUAAGGGGAAGGCCUAAUACUUGUGUGGUGCUGACUGCUCAUGUGUAUUAGGUUCCCGAAUCGGUUGAUGUCAGCGUAGGAGGGGUCGGAGGGGUUGACCCAGCACUGAGCUACCUCGACCCUGGAAUCAGGUAAGUGAAUUAAAGGUUUUUUUUAUUCCUAACACUAAAGUGUUCCUUUAAUCAGUAUGCUGCUCCCAACCUCUGUGGGUAGUUACAUUAACCCAUUAACAGACAGCAUGUUUCGCUAACUCGUGUAAGAGAAAUACAUCAAUCAUGAAAGCAAGGGUGGUAAACGCAGAGGCAAGGUUAUUCGCUACUGUAAAUGGAACAUUUUAGGCUGUUUAGUUAAAACCGCUCACGUAAGGAACAUUUAACGGAGGCAUAAGAUAUUUUGUAUUCAGUUUUCUGAUCUUGUAAUUAUUUCUAACUGCUACAAUCAGAUUUACUUCAUGUUUGGUAUUUUUCCAAUCCUAGGUGCUGAAAUCAGACGUACCUGACACAGCGGUUGUGCUGCAGGUUUUCGACUUCAACCGGUUCUCAAAACAUGAUGUUAUAGGAGAGGUGCGUUUGCCUUUGUGGGAGAUGGACCUUCAUCAUAUCAUUGAGGACUGGAAGGAAUUGAGCCAAGCUGGAAAGACAGAGGUAAGAAUGUAUCAAGACCUAUUGAUCAAAACCCCUCACAAAAAAGCAUUCAGUUUCUCACACACUUGCUGAGCAUCAGGCCUCAAACAACCACAAGGUGAACAUACGUUUAAUAAUGUGCAUUCGGUGAAUACCUGGCUGAGAACAAUAGUUGUAGGCAAUAAUUGCAAAAGAAAAAUCAUACUGCUAAAUCCCCAAUCACCAAGUCUAAGCAUGAGCCCUACACCCUAUAACCACCAGGUCAAACCUUAUCACCCAGCACUCCUUGCUGAACUCAACCUUCUUUUAACUUAACACUAAUCACUAACACUAUAACCCUUGUCUAACCCUAACUUCUGACUAUAACUCAAAUAACCCCAUCUUAUCCCUAACCUCUAAUCCUAACUCUAAUAACCAGAAGUCUCAUUUUAUCCAUGGAAUGAUAUCAAACCAAGCUUGUACUACACACCUUGAAAUGUAAUCUAUUACACGUACUCUUAACACCAGUUUUGGACUUGUAAUGUUAAUAUUGAGAAUGUGCCAUCAUGCCCAUUAGCGUGUGGAUGACAAAGGUUUUUAAAACAUAUGUCCAAACAAAACUGAAAUUACAAGUAGUAUUUAAAGGUUAGGGGUGUCUGGGGCUGGACCCCUAAUUGGGGUCCAGAAAACCCCCAGAUUUCUUUAAUGGCAAUUAUAAAGCACAGUUUGGUAAUGGUAUUGCUGUAGGUGCUGUGUUUUGAUAAAGUAGGUGAAGGGUUAAUACAAAUGUGACAAUUCCACCUGACACCAGUGAAAUAAAAAAAUUAAAAAAAAAAUAUAUAUAUAUAUAUCUCUUUACUUACAUGGUUACAUAGUUACAUAGCUGAAAAGAGAAGUGCGUCCAUCAAGUUCAGCCUUCUUCACAUAUGUUUUUUGCUGUUGAUCCAAAAGAAGGCAAAAAACCCAGUCUGAAGCGCUUCCAAUUUUGCAACAAACUAGGAAAAAAUUCCUUCUUGACCCCAAAAUAGCAGUCAGAUAUCUCCUUGGAUCAAGCAGUUAUUACCCCACUAAUUAAAAAUUAUAUCCCUGAAUGUUAUGUUUUUGCAAGUAUUUAUCCAAUUGAAGUUUAAACAGCUGUAUGGACUCUGAUAAAACCACCUCUUCAGGCAGAGAAUUCCAUAUCCUUAUUGCUCUUACUGUAAAAAAAAAAAAAAACCCUUUUCUUUGCCUUAGAUGAAAUCUCCUUUCUUCCAACCUAAAUGUGUGACCUCGUGUCCUAUGUAUAGCCCUGUUUAUGAAUAGAUUUCCAGAUAAUGGUUUGUACUGGCCCCGAAUAUAUUUGUAUAAUGUUAUCAUAUCCCCUCUGAAGCGCCGUUUUUCCAAAGAGAUUUAAUAUUUUUAACCUUUCUUUGUAACUAAAAUGCUCCAUUCCUUUUAUCAAUUUUGUAGCUUGUCUCUGCACUUUUUCUAGUGCCAUGAUAUCCUUCUUUAAAACAGGUGCCCAAAAUUGCACAGCAUAUUAAAGGUGUGGUCUUACCGUCUUACCGUUUUAAAGAGGCAAAAUUAUAUUUUCAUCCCGAGAAUUUAUGCCCCUAUUUAUACAUGACAAAACCUUACUGGCCUUAGCAACUGCAGAUUGACAUUGCAUAUUGCUGCCUAAUUUGUUGUCUAUAACAAUUCCCAAAUCCUUCUCGUGUGUGGUUAUCCCUAAUUCACUACCAUUUAGGGUGUAAGUUGCUUGUGCAUUCUUGACCCCGAAGUGCAUAACUUUGCAUUUCUCUAUGUUAAAUUUCAUCUGCCAUUUUAGUGCCCAGUCCCCCGAUCUAUCCAAAUCUCUCUGCAGCAAAGCAAUAUCCUGCUCACAUUUUAUUACUUUACAAAGUUUUGUGUCAUCUGCAAACACUGAAACAUGGCUUUCAAUGCCUAUUUCAAGAUCAUUUAUAAAUAUGUUAAAUAGAAGCGGUCCUAAUACAGAACCCUGAGGGACACCACUUACCACUUUUGUCCAGCCUGAAAAUUUACCAUUAAUGACAACUCGUUGUACUCUAUCCUUAAACCAAUGUUCUACCCAAGAACAAGAAUAAUCAUCUAGACCAAUUUCUUUUAAUUUGACGACUAAACUAUUGUGAGGAACCGUAUCAAAUGCCUUGGCAAAGUCCAAGUAGAUCACAUCCACUGCAACAACUUGAUCUAGACUUCUACUUACUUCUUUGUAGAAUGCAAUUAGGUUAGUUUGACAUGACCUAUGUUUCAUAAAACCAUGCUGAUUAUUGCUAAUAACGUUUUUCACAAUGAACAUUAUCCUUUAAAAGCCCUUUAAAUAUUUUUCCAGUCACAGAAGUUAAGCUCAUAGGUCUACAAUUUCCAGGCAAGGAUUUUGAACCCUUUUUAACAUCUGCCUUCCUCCAAUCCUCCGGUACGAUACCUGAAACAAAAGAAUCUUGAACAAUUAAAUACAGAGGUUCACUUAUUUCCCCACUAGGCUCCUUAAGUACUCAUGGGUGAAUACAGUCAGGCCCCAGAGCUUUAUUUACAUUAAUUUUCUUUAACUGCUGUAGCACUUUGUCUCGAGUCAUUCAAUCACAAGUUAUCUGCAAAUUUUUUGCAGCAAUCAUUUGCAUAUCGCUUGCUAUAGGAUCCUCAUUAAUAUAUACUGCCUUUUCCUGAUCUUCAUUAGCUAUCAAACCCAUCUCUGUUUCCAGUGUACCUACACUUUCAUUUUUUUGUUUUUUUUAGCAUUGAUGUACUUGAAAAAAAUUUGGGGGUUGGUUUUGCAUUCUUUGGCUAUCAAUUUGUCAUUUUCUAGUUUAGCCACUUUAAUUGCCUUUUUGCAAACAUUAUUGGCUUCCUUAUAUCUUUUAUAGGAUGCCUCUGAUUUGUCCAAUUUAAAUGCUUUAAAUGCCCUUUUCUUAUUUGUAAUAUCUUGUUUUACUUCUCUACUAAGCCACAUUGGUUUUAAUUUGUUUAUUUUAUAUUUAUUACCCAAUGGUACAUACUGAGAAAUGUACCUUUCUAAUAUUUGUUUGAAUAGUUUCCAUUUAUCCUCAGUGUUUUUUUUUUUAUAACUUAUAGGUAUACAGCCUUCCAGGGUUACCUCCCAGAUGGUAACCAACUACAGGAGAAAUGUAUAUACACACAACAUUUUUGGGAUCUUGCUGAUAAACCUAUAAACACAAAUAUAACAUAGUGUAAUAUUGUUAAAUAAGUGACAAAUGCAAAUUAUCGGUUGUCAUCACAAAAUAAAGAUGGUAAAAGCACCUUAUGGGUGCCACCCACGAUGUCAAAAGGGGGCUACAGUUCCUCCUUCAGAUUUCUCUCCGGACUGUUCUUUAGAAUCACCAAAGCGAUUUUCCAGAGUAUGAAAAAGACCCCAUUCUACAUUUUAGAUUUGGAGUAUGUCCCAGUAAAGACCUCAUUCUGCUGUAGAACUGUAUAUAUUACAUUUGGAGUAUGUUCCACUAAAGACCCCACUCUGUUGUAGAAUUGUAUAUAUUAGAUUUGGAGUAUGUUCCACUAAAGACCCCACUCUGUUGUAGAAUUGUAUAUAUUAGAUAUGGAAUAUGUUCCAAUAAAUACCAAAUUCUGCUGUAGAACAGUAUGUAUUAGAUUUGGAGUAUGUUCCACUAAAGACCCCACUCUGUUGUAGAACUGUAACAGGAUCCAGGAAUCAUGUAAUUAUGAGCAUAGAGUAUACACACACACAUGUUAUAUGUAAACGUGAGCCAGAUGUUUCAUAUUUUCCUUCUACUCUACCCCUCUCCCCUUCCAUUUACAGCAAGAGCGACUGGGGGAAAUCUGUGUAUCUUUGAGAUAUGUCCCCAGUAAUGGAAAACUCACUGUUGUUAUCUUGGAAGCCAAGAAACUCAAGAAGAUGGAUUCAGAUGGAUUUUCGGGUUAGUUGGGAUGGUGGGAUGUAUGUGAAAAGGCUUCCCAUUUACUUAUUUUUCUGGAUAUCUUUUUGGUUUUUUUCUCAGGGUGUGACUUUAACUCAUUAUGCUGUAUUUGCUAGUUUGGUAAAUAUUCCGUACAUGUCAAUAUGUGCAUCAAUAUUACUUGACUCAUUUUAUCCGCAUGUUGUGAUUACUUUGUAGCGUAUACGUCUUUCAAGUUAUUUUGUGUAAAUGUAGGGACCAAGGACAACUUUAUCUCAUGGAUCUUCUUUCUGAAGUCGCAGUCAUAUAGAUAAAAGAGAAAUGUUUCAAUAUUAUCAGGUUAUUUACUAUAGUGAGUAUUUAAAGUGAAUUUUCAAUUGAAGCCAGAGUAGCCAAAAUGAAAGCAGCCUGAAUUAGAGAAUUGUUUUCCAGUUUAGCUGUUUGACCUUACAUAUGAAAUUCACCUGGAACUCUCAUUUUAUUAAAUAACCGUAUAAUGUCAAUGCUCUAUAGUUAACAACUAUGUGUAGGUGUGAAGAAUAAAAUGAAAUGUGGAUAUUCACACCUCCUUAUACUCCAGCCUUCCCCAUCAGUCAUACGCUCUGUCCUUUGCACGAGGCCUUCAGUACAGAGAGAGCAGACAGAGGGGAGGAGACAUGAAACGUUUCUUGAUUAUAGGCACUUUUUGCCCUGUCUGUGCCUGGACUGGAACGGGAUGUAAUUUGCUAAAUUGUGAAUAUAAAAUGUUGAAGAAAGUGGAGUAUCAUUAACAAAGUUAACAUGAGUAAUAAAUGCUUUUUAAUGUUCUAUCAACUGGUGUAAUAUUUAGAAAUGUGACAGUUUCCCUUUAAGGAAAUGUUUUAUUAACAACUAAGUGCAAAACACAAACAUUAACAAAUAACACUUGUCAUGGCUAGAGUUUGCACAAACACUCCUCAGAUGUGCUGAAUCAAUGGAAGAACGAAAUGAUUCGUUAUGCAAAUCUGAAUAACAUGAUUUGUUCUUCCAUAGGUUGACAGGAAUUUAAUUCAUUCAGCGGAGCUAAAAGGGACACUUGUCCAAAUAUAUUCACAAACACUAUUUAAUGAUGUGGUCUGAUUUCAUAGAAAUGUGUUAUUCCGUAUUUUUCACAAUAGCACAAUUAAAGGGACACUCCAGAUCCCUAAAGCACUUUAACUUUCUGAAAAGCUUAGUGUGAAGAGUGUGUCCUCUUUUUUUUCAUUUUGCAGAAAUUGCAGAUUUCAAUAGAAGUUGGGACAUUUAUAAAUUAACUUGUUUACACCCCAAUGGCCGCCAAUCAAACACACGGUCCUGUUACUUCCUGGUUUGGUUAGUUUAGUGGAGAUAAACUCACGAGGCAGCAAUUGCCCAGAGCACCUGCCUUACAAAGACUCCUCAUUGAGCUGUAUAGGGAAGUAUGUGAUUGGACAGCCACAGAAAGUCUGGGCUGGAUUAAAAGGGAAGGGCUUGAAAAGGCUAUUAACAAGAGAACUGCAGGUUUUGCAAGCUGUUUUUAGAUAUUCCUAAAUGAAAACAUGCAGAAUUAAACCGUGUUAUUUCAAACAUAUUUUUGGGUAGGGAAGUGUCCCUUUAAAUUUAAAUUUGAGGGUUUUUUUUGUCAGUGAAAUAGUUUGGCUUGGUUUGGAAAAUAAGAAAGAACAAUCAUUAUGCAACUUUUUUGUGUAGCUGAUUAAAAAAAAAUAUUUUGUUAACUGUGCCGACUAGUGCUUGCAUUGUUGAGCACAGAUUGACUGUUUAUAGAUGGAGGGAGCAGCACCUAGGGUGGUCCUCAGGAGUAUGUCAAACAUGGAAUGAAAACACAAACAUUAAGACCAUAUAGUAAAUUAAAAAAAAGAAAUGCACUUGCAAUAUGAAGAGCUUCUAGUAGGCUCUACUUAAAAGCUCCUGGGCGGUAUGAUCCCCGCCUUUUGAUAUGGUGUGUGUUUGGGUCCGAUGGAGGAUGGUCCAAUGUUUAUAAAAUAUGAAAAGAACAAUUGCCAAUAGAGUGUAGCAUGCAAGUACACAUAGAUGUGGCUUAUAUAGUAUUUAGAAAUGCACUCACAUUCUAUAGAGCCCUAAGUAGCUCCAAACAACUAACGUGGAGUGGUAUAAUCGUCACUCUAUGGAUGUAUCGUGUGAUGAUGAUCCUCACUAUGACAACAUGGAAAUAAAAGGAGAUACAAUAUACUUUCUGUUGUAGGAAAGUGAGAACUAUAAUGUAUCAGACGUGCUCUGUCUGAGCUCCUGCUCCAGGGCCCGAAAAUUGGAGCAAUCUGGAGGCCAACCGCGCCACAACGGUGACUACGUGGGGAUAAUGCCCAAGACCCGGCACGGCACUGACAGUAACCCGACAAGGGUCCGGAGCUCACUGGAGCUUGAGCCGGGACAAGACAGCCACUCUCCCAGGUCUCCGGCCGGCGUCUCGCUUCCCCUCUCCCCCUCUGAACCAGGGGGGGGGGGGGUCAUCCCAGUCUUCAAAGGCACCACACAUCACACUAAAUCGGGCCCAAACAACCGCCCUGGCAUCAAAAAUCCACUGGGCAAAGCUCCACAAGAUGGCCACCACAUGCCAGCCGGGUGCGCGAAAAGCCAGUAAGAUCGAGCUGUUCAAGGAGAAGCACACCCAGCACCAUCAGACCACCAUGAUAGCUCGCCCCAGGGUUAUGCUGGCAGACUACACUGGACAAACCAAGGUACAGGUCAGGGGCAUCAAGCAGGGAGAAAUGGGGUAUACACAAAGCUGAACAAACCAUAUAAAGCACUGAACAACCAUAUAAAGCACUCCCCCAGAGGCCAAUAGACCCUAGAACUGCCUGCCCAGAUGAAACAGGCCAGAGGGACAGAAACACCAAGCCACUCACCCUAAACCCAGCCCGAAAUAACCCAUACCACCACCCUGGACCAAAGCCACCACAACCACCGACACAGACCAACGAAACGGCGCAGGAAGACACCACCGGGGCACAAGAGGCACCUACCAAGCACCGGAGUGGGUUGACACUACAGACAGGGUACCCAGAGACUGCACCUCAGGAUAUCCAAGGCACAGGCUUGAUUUCACGACAACUCUGAAAGGCACGCCUGAUAGACGCACAUAACUAGAAGCUCAAAUGAACUAACACGAAUAUGAUAAGCUUGUCCCUGGACUUCAAGCUGAGUGUUUAACCUGCUUACCCAGCUGACCGUGCCUGAAACUACACACGGACGGCUAAGCUUAAAGGACCACUCUAGGCACCCAGACCACUUCAGCUUAAUGAAGUGGUCUGGGUGCCAGGUCCAUCUAGGGUUAACCCAUUGUUUUAUAAACAGCAGUUUCAGAGAAACUGCUAUGUUUAUGAAUGGGUUAAGCCUUCCCCCUAUUCCCUCUAGUGGCUGUCUCAUUGACAGCCGCUAGAGGCGCUUGCGUGCUUCUCACUGUGAUUUUUUUUUUUUGCGUGCGCAUUCAGCCGGCGGGGCGUAACGGAGGAGGAGGAGAGCUCUCCGCCCAGCGCUGGAAAAAGUUUUACCCCUUUCCAGAGCCGGGCGGGAGGGGGUCCCUGAGGGUGGGGGCACCCUCAGGGCACUAUAGUGCCAGGAAAACGAGUAUGUUUUCCUGGCAAUAUAGCGGUCCUUUAACAUGCUCACUGCAUUUCAUUCCAUUUUCUCACCUCACUCUCAGUCAAAGCGUAAAAUGAUUACUGUCUAACGUAAAUCUGCAUAGGGAGUGUGAGGAGUAGUCUCUCCGAUAGUCUCACCACCCUAACUAAGCUACUAAUCUCAUAAAAGCGACUGUACACAUGCUUUAGUUUAACACAGUGACUUCACAGGAAAUAGCCAGAUAAUAAAGCAACGACACUCAACAUAAAUACUAUUCUUAAACUACGGUUACCAAUCGACAAAGUAAUUCAUUAAGACAAAUAAAGUUACCCAGCCUGUACUUAGCUUGUAGAGAGACAGAACCAGUCUAUCUGCACUCCAUUCUGUCCCUCUGUAUUUCUAGUUAAAAUUCAUAACUUCAUAUUAAGAUCUGGGUGGGAGCCUGCAAUGACGUGUGUGUGGGAGUAGAUACUUGUUACUAUGGUUACUGAAUGUGGACAGUAAUUCCUUAGAAGGACAUUCCAUAUCAGAAUGUUUGUAGAUUCUGGUGGCAUUCUCAGACAUACCAUCAUGUUCCAACUACCCAUAAACUGGAUAUUUGGCCAAUUUGUGUAUCCAUAUUGUCACAGCAACUACAUGUGACUAACUGUAGCCAGUGGGUGCAUUAAAGUUAACAUUUUAGACCAUGUCCAGUAGAAAUGUAGGAAUAUAAAUAUGUAUACAAUUUCAAACAUUUGUAAUUUAAAGAUUUUGGGAAAAGCUGAAAAAUCUAAUGAAAAAUGUGUUCAAAUAAAUGGUACGCCAUUUUAUCUAAACAGAAGAACUUGAUUUGACGAGUCUGAGAAUUUCAUUUCCAGGGUGUGAUCAGUUAUAAUGUUCUGUUUUUACAGAUCCAUAUGUGAAGGUGCAGCUAGCGCUAAAUAAAAAGAAGUGGAAGAGGAAAAGGACAGGCGUGAAGAAGAACACUUUAAAUCCAUAUUUCAAUGAAGCCUUUACCUUUGAUGUCACACUGGAGCAAAUUCAGGUUUGUUUGUUUAUUAAUUCACGAAUAUAAGUAUAGAGAGAUAAAUAAGCCAUUCUCUCUUAAAAAAAAACGAACAAAAAAUAAAUCUUUAAUUUUAUUUUGAAUAAAACAUAAAUGAACAUAAAGAAAUAGUGUACACAGGGUCGAUGCAAGGAUUUUUGUCUGCAGAGAUGAAGAGGCUCUUACACACACACAAUCACUGGCUGUUACACACACACACACACACACACACACAAUCACUGGCUGUUACACACACACACACACACACACACAAUCACUGGCUGUUACACACACACACACACACACACACAAUCACUGGCUGUUACACACACACACACACACACAAUCACUGGCUGUUACACACACACACAAACACAUUUGGUUGCUACACACCCACACACUCACUGGUUUUUACACACACACACACUGGUUUUUACACACACACACACACACACACACACACACACAUUUGGUUGUUACACACACAAACACACACACACACACACACACACAUUUGGUUGUUACACACACAAACACACAUUUGGUUGCUACACACCCACACACUCACUGGCUGUUACACACACACACACACAUUUGGUUGUUACACACACACACUGGUUCUUACACACACACACAUUUUGUUGUUACACAGUUACACACACUCACUGGCUGUUUUACACACACACACAUACUCUCACACACACACUCACUGACUGUUACACACACACACACACACAUUUGGUUGUUACACAGUUACACACACACUGGUUGUUACACACUCACUAGCUCUUACACACACACACACACACACUCACUGGCUCCUACACACACACACACACUCACUGGCUCUUACACACACACACACACACACACUCACUGGCUGUUACACACUCACUAGCUCUUACACACACACACACAGACACACUCACUAGCUCUUACACACACACAGACACACACUCACUGGUCGUUACACACACACACACUCUUGCUGGCUGUUACACACACUCACUGGCUCUUACACACACUCACACUCACUGGUCAUUACACUCACACUCACUAGCUCUUACACACACACACACUCACAUAUCUGUGUUGUUACACACACACACACACACACACACACACUCUCACUGGCUGUUAAGGCUACACACAGCUGCCACACUCACUGGUCGUUACACACACACACACACUCACUGGCUCUUACACACACUGGUUGUUACACACACACACACUGGUCAUUACACUCACACUCACUGGCUCUUACACACACACACACACACACACUCACUGGUCGUUACACACACACACACUCACUGGCUCUUACACUCACACUCACUGGCUGUUACACACACACAGACACACUCACUGGUCAUUACACUCACACUGACUGGCUCUUACACACACACACACACACACACACUCACACUAGCUCUUACACACACAGACACACACUCACUGGUCGUUACACACACACACACUCUUGCUGGCUGUUACACACACAGACACACUCACUACACACACACACACUCACUGGUCGUUACACACACACACACUCACUGGCUCUUACACUCACACUCACUGGCUGUUACACACACACAGACACACUCACUGGUCUCUUACACACACACACACACACACACACACUCACUGGUCAUUACACUCACACUCACUGGCUCUUACACACACUCACUGGUCGUUACACACACACACACACACACACACUGGCACUUACACUCACACUCACUGGCUCUUACACACACACACACACUCGCUGGCUGUUACAGACACACUUACGGUUUCUUAUAAUUUUUCCACACCAGGUGGUGCUGCCCUUCUCUCUCCCAUAGCACUCAGAGGGUAUGGGAGCAUCGAGGAGCGGCCGUGGCAUCGCUUUUGGAGCUGAAGGCCGAUGGGAUACAUGACAUCAUAUCCCAGGGGUUCUUCUGUUCCAAAAGCUCCUGUACCCUCUAAGGCUGCAUGCUUUAUUCCUUCACAUAACGAUACACCAGCAACACAGUACAACAGCCGGAUAAAUUAUUCACUUGGGCAUUCAGCAUGGUGACCAGCAGGAGAUGGGUACUCUGUGUUCCCACCUCCCACUGGUCAUCCGGACAUUUUUGCACCCCCCGGGCGGCCACCUGUGCUGUUAUAUGGUUACACAGAAGCAUAUUGAUUCCAAGGCUAAAACAAAUAAACAAAGUCACUAUUUUUUGUAUUUUGGGUGAGUACUUAUAAUGUAUGGUUUUGUUAAAGAAACACUAUAGGCAUUUUAUCUCAAUGCAGUAGACUGGGUGCCAUGUUCCCCCCAUUAAACCUGCAGUUUAUAACCUUCUCAGCACUGACGGUUCACCUAAAAGGUGACUAGGACUCUAUAGACCUGUCAGGAAUACAAAUGUUAUACAAACGCUAUAGUGUUCCUUUAAUGCUCCCAAAAUAGCUUUGAUAUUCUUAUGCUUUUCUUUCCUCCAGAACGUGGAUCUGAUAAUCUCAGUAUGGGAUCACGAUAAAGUCAACAAGAACGAGCAGAUUGGAAAGGUGCAUUUAGGUUGUCGAGCCUCGGGCAAUGCCUUACGACACUGGUCAGACAUGCUGGCACACCCGAGACGCCCCAUGGCACAGUGGCACAAUUUGCAACCAGCAGAGGAAGUGGACAAGACUCUAGCCCUGAAAUCCAAUUUCAAGAUCCCCCUCCCUCAAGCACUCCAGCACUCCUGAUUCUGAGAUCUUAAUAAACGUCCCGAGAAUUCUCAUCUGACCUUCUCUGUUAGAUGACUUCAAAACGUUAUGAAUGAUUGCUGCCUCUAUUAUGCCUUUCUGUAAAAGGUCCAUUUAAAUCAUUUCUAGACCUUAAUGUGGAUUUCAAUCUAUAUUUUUUUUUUUAUGAAUCAGCAAGUAAUCUCUUCUCCUGUUAAUUGUAUUACAAAAUGAUGGAACACAUUUAUCAAAUAAUGAUAUAAGGAAAUUCUUGACAAACGGUUUACGUGGACAAAAACUAAAGAACUUUUAUUUUCCUGGACAAUCCAUAACUUUUAUUGUAUUAAAACAACUGUAAAUGGUUCAAGCCAACAAUUUUGUUGGGUUGAAGUUACUACUAACUGAAAAUACAGUGUAUAACAGCUAAUAUUGUAACAUUAUAAAUUAUUUAUUUAGAAAGUAUUUUAACAGGUUUGGGGAAUGCGACUGAUACAGUGACACAUGGAAAAACGUAUUUACAGUAAUUGUUUGAUUAUAAAUACAGAAUGCCAGAUCUGUUCCUAGAUUUUAAACUGGAUUCAAGCUGUGUGGAAGCACUGUUUCUUUGUUGUAAUUGAGAAUAGUGAGUAAACGUGGAUGAGAGGUUUAAGGAAUUAAUAUGAAUAUAUAUCUCAGGUAGGGAGGGCAUGUGACACACUAAGCAUUAAAGGUUACUUGCUUCAUCCCAGUAAUGAGGCCAACUAGUCCUGGUCUGCUAGAGAUUAGUGGGAGUUACACUACUGAUCGAUACCUGCCACCAUUUUAAUGAUUGCAGCUGAAAUAACAACCAGCUGGGACUAUAACUCCCACUUAUCUCAUGCAGCACCCUAACACUGGCUAUGAACCUGAACCUAAAAAUACAAUGUUAUUUGCAGUGGUGAAACAUGUAUUAGGGGGAAAUAAUGUCAUCUCAGGGUUCUGAAGACAUUUAUAAAACACUCAACCUUAGACACUAUAUUCACACACGUAUAAAUAAAAAUAUAAUCACUAACAGGAAUCAUAGUCUUGCUCACGGUAAAUUGAUUUAAAAAGUCAAUAAGGAGUUGUGGUGCGUCAAUCCUCUCGUAUUUCUGCAUUAAGGUUUAGGAUAUCACAUCAGAAAAUUAGCAAUCACUUAUAAUUGCUGCACAUUAAUUUAAAUACAUUCAAACAAAUAAAAGAAAAUAGAUCCUAUACUGUAUGCAAUAAUGAAUGUCAUUUUACCUAUGUCAUAUUGCAUACAUUUUAGCCAAUGAUUGUUUCACUAUGUUUGUAUGUCUGCUUGUGCAACAUCAUAUACUGAACCAGAGUAUAUUCAAAAUAUCAUUUUUGUAAAAUCCAAUAUAUUUAUUUUUCAUUUUUAAAUUGUAUUGCAAAAGGAAUAUACCAUUUAACUCGUUGUUGUGAUUAAGUUUAUAUGUUUAUAGGGUUGCUUUAAGUGGCACAUAAUCCGGGUCUGCCUAUACGCAGUGGCGUAACCACCACUCAUCACUCCAGGGGGCCCGGAUGCAGCUGCGACCCCCGCAACUGUGGUUCACCUUAACUUUAGAGCCGGUGCAUGCCCACACUGGCCCAGGACCCGUAGUUGCUGGGUGACCCACAAGAGGGGAGCACUGUGCUGCUCCUCCUGUCGCUGUGUGUAGCGUGGCUAAGUGGACUGCAGUCUGACAGGAAUUGCUUGCUGAGAGAGAGCUUCCUGUCAGACCGGACCUGCUACCAUGAUGAGCAGGUAUAAGAGGGGGGACAUGAAGGGGCUGGGGAGGAAAGGGAAUUAAACAUAUGGAGGGGCUGGAGGAGAAAUGAGACACAAGGAUGGUUUGGGGGAAUGAAAUACAUGGAGAGGCUGGAGGGGAAUGAGACACAUGGAGGGGCUAGGGGGAUAAGACACAUGGAG